AUGACAGUAAUUCAGCCUGAAAUAGAAACUCUUCAUUACCAGUCAGCCACAUGGAAUCGCUGCUAUGCUUUGAACAAGCGGGAUAAAACAGGAGCAACUGGCUCUCCACACAAGAUAGUUAUCACUGUAAUAUUAAGAGCAGUUGCAGGUCUGGCUUUAUCAAAAUCAGUAGCCAAUGUUACACUCCAGGCAAGGAAAAUAUGAAUAGAUCUUAUUUUUGAAGGGAACUCCCUUCAGCUGAUACCUGUUGAGGAUCCUAGGUGAGAUACCAACAUAGUACUGGUUGCUCCCAGUACCAGUCACCACACAAAAUCUGAUAAAGUUUCAGAUAGUUUACUGUUGCAGAAGAUAAGACUCAAUAAUACAGUUCUGGACACAGCUUAUAUAUACAGCUUGUAGGCUUUUUCAGAUACAUAUAUAUAUUGAUACAUACAAGUACAAUGAAUAUCUGUUGCUCUAAAUAAGUUCAGCAAUUCAAGACAUAACACUGGACAAUUAAUACUGAUUGGCUAACGGACUAAGAGACAGAUAGACUAACUACAGAUUGACACGCUGAGCUGGCAUGCAUUAAUCACAAGAUAUAGUUGGUGCACUGGGCCUUUACUGUAGUAACUGGCUUCAUGAACAUUGCAUCUGUGUUUAGCUCAUCCAUGACCCCAGUUACACUCAUGAAGGAAAUUAACCCCUUCUCAUGCUCAAUUAACUCCAACAAUGUUUCCCCAAUUUUGGAAGAAUUUUUUGUUCGGGCCUUUCUGAAUUAGGGCAAAAUCAACCAAGGUGGGUUAAAAACCUGUUCUGCAGAUCUUUGCUAUAGCUUUUCAGCCCAGACUUUCAUAAUGGGACAAAAUAAAAAUGUAAAUAAAACAAAUCUGGAAAUAAACAUUUAAGUAACCUGCUUUUGUUCACUCUAAAAAAAGACUUGCCUAUCUUCACAGUUCAGAACUUGUUGGUGAAAUGGAAAGCAAGAGUAUGGGGAUUAGACAACUGGUUUCCUCCAUAUUUAAUCUGACCCCCAUCGUUGGACCCUGCUGCAUCCUAGGUUAUUCUUUUACAGUGGUUCCUCGGGUUAAGAACUUAAUUCGUUCCGGAGGUCCAUUCUUAACCUGAAACUGUUCUUAGCCUGAAGCACCACUUUAGCUAAUGGGGCCUCCCGCUGCUGCUGUGCCGCAGCUAUGCGAUUUCUGUUCUCAUCCUGAAGCAAAGUUCUUAACCUGAGGUAAUAUUUUUGGGUUAGCGGAGUCUUUAACCUGAAGUGUAUGUAACCUGAAGCGUAUGUAACCCGAGGUACCACUGUAUUAUGCUCAUUAGCAUUCUUUGCAGAAAGCUAGGACACAGGUUGAACCACUACCAUGCAUGAAUUCUGCUAAAAAUGUGCAAAUCUCCCCAUACUCAGCACUGCAAGACUGCUACAUUUACAAUGCACCCAAGUGAAGUAUACAGCACUCUAAAUUUAUUAAUCACCCCCACGCCGUUUUGUGCAAUACUAUCUAAUCACAAUUUGGCAACUUCACCUAGUGUCAGGAAUCAGCCAGCUUCCAGUUGCUGCCAACUGAAGGAAGCAGCCAGGAACAGAGAAGGUUAACUGCCAUGCAGGAUGAGCAUGGGUUAGUGCCAACUCCCCCGCCCCUUGGAAUGCUGGCCGAUAAGGGAAUUGUGGAGAGCAAGCCAGAACUCAAUCAAAGCUCGCCGGAAGUACAAACAGGCGGGAAGAGCUAAGAGACAUCCUCUCUGAGAAUGGAGAAGAGGAGGGAGCUGACCCACUCAGUCUGUGGUCUCGACGAAUGGGAGGGCUGCAAGAUAGGAAGCAAAACAAAAGAUGUAUGGAGCGAAAGUUCAGUUGCUUCUGGUCUCACUGGAAGCAGUCUUCAGAAGGGUCAUCUUGAUUGAUGAUGGUGGAGACUGUGUAAAGCCGUCCAGAGCUAUCUGUUUGUUUUGACAAUAAAUCGUCCUUUUUAAUUAACUACGUUCACUGUGUUAUCAAGCUGGGAACUGGAGUCCUAACACCUAGUAAUCAUGGGAUUUGGGGAGAGAGUUUAUACUGUACAUGCUUAAUUCAAUGGAUUUAAAUGCCUGAGUAAACCAGCAAUCUAAAACACAAUAUUAAAAACAGCUUAAAACAAAUUACAAUCACAAUUGAAGUGGUUCCUAAAUAAAUACUGAUAGCUAUGAGGACCAAGCGUCAAAGUCUAGGCUAAAGUGGUGUGUCUUCAAUACAUGAUAAAAGCUGCAAAAUGAAGGUACCUGACACAACUCUGUAAGGAGAGAAUGCCAUAAUUUAGGGGCUGCUGCAGAGAAGGCCCUCUCCUGGGCCUCCACCACCUGAACUGAUGAGGGCAGUGAAACCACUAAGAAGGUCCCUCCACUGAACUUAAGACCCAAGAGAAUCUGUAGCGAAGAGGCAGUUUUUAAAGAUGUUUGGGCCAUACAUACAAAUAUAAUUAUGACACAAGCUUUACCUAUUGACACUGGUUUACUUUUGGACCCUGUAUUUGAGCAUGGCAACCUGUUAGAUUUUAAAUGCUGUAACUACAAGGGUGGGCCCUUUUUCUUGUUCAUUUUUGGAAAAAAAAUUUUUAUCAGCAAGUCAAAACAAUAUUUUGAACACAGACAUUUUAAGAUAGAUACAGUCGUAGCUUGGAAGUUGAAUGGAAUCUGUUCUGGAAGUCCAUUUGACUUCCAAAAAGUGUGGAAACCAAAGUGCGGCUUCUGAUUAGCUGCAGGAAGCUCCUGCAGCCAAUUGGAAACCGCAGAAGCCCCACCAGACGUUUGGCUUCCAAAAAUAGUUCACAAGCCAGAACAGUCACUUACGCGUUUGCGGCAUUCAGGAGCCAAAACAUUCAAGAACUAAGUUGUUAGAAAACCAAGGUACGACUGUAAUGCCUUGGCAUAUGUUGUGGCUAUACCUGUUUCAUUAUGGUGUUGAUACUGCUGUUUUAUUUCAGUCUUCCUCAGCAUAGCACUUUCUAGAAGUUUAAAAUCAAAACUCCUAUCAUGCCCCACCAUUGGCUAUUAUAGCUGAAACUAAUGGGAUAUAUUGUUCAAAAUCUUUGGAGGGCACCAAGUUGGGUGAUUAUUCAGCGACUGGGCAGAGGCGGAAUGGUGGGGACUGCCUCCCCAGCCUGACCUGUCAGGUGGUGGUGUGGUUGCUUGAGAGCAAACAAGCAAGACUCCGACCUCUCUUUUCCAGCUUUAUUAUUAGUGCAAACUAUUUACAGUGAAGAGCAUUGCAAGUUCAUGUCUGGCUCAGUCACUAGCAGAAUCUGGGCGUGGCUGGUCCUUGUACCUUCCCCAGCAUAACAGCCGUGUGACCCCCAUCCUUCUCCUCCCCUCUCUGCGCCGAAACCUACUGCACAUAGUGGGCGCUGGCAAAGGGGUACUUCCCUCCCCCUCCGCUUUGCUCAGGCUCCGUGUUGAGGCUCUCCCUAGCAUCUCCUGGUCCCUGCACCUCCUCCCCACUGGAGACGGGACUUUCCUUCUCGCCAGAGGAGGAACUGCUUCACAAGAUCUUCGGAGGUUCCCUAUAACACAACUGCCCUUCCACCUCUCACCUCUGAGCUGACAUGACCCUUCCAGAGAAGAGGGAGACAGUUUAGAAUUACAACAGGGGUUUGAGGGAGCUCACAGUUCAGAGGCAGAGGGGGAAAGUUGGGAAAUAAUGGGAGAGGAAGCACCAGGGAGGUGACAGCUGAUGGACACAGUGUAUUUAGAAAGCAUUCCAGCCCCCCCUCAAAGAACCCAGUGAGCCUUGAAAGUAGGAGAGCAAAGAGCUCAAAGACAGAGGCCACUUCUCAGCACCCGUAGUAGAGAAGUUGAGCUUGACGAAUGAGAAAGUGGAAGAGACUGGGGUGGGGUGGAGAUUCACUCGAGACAACACCAUUAUUCCAAGAGGCUGCGUUCUAAGCCUCUCUCUGUAUAUAUUGAAUAAAAAGCAGGUUGUAAGGACUUUUUCUUGUCUUAUCCGCCCCUGGCAACCUGCUGUGGAAGUUGUUUCCUCUGCCACCUGACACCCUGGUUGUAUACCACCCUGAAAUCUUAUCUGAUGAAAGUCAGCAUAAAGAUGUUUGAAAUGAAGAAAUUUGAUGUGAUGGAGUGCAGGUGAGACAAACGGCCCCUGGAGAUGAUAUUACACAAUAAUAUUACACAAUAAUUGUGAGAUAGGAUGAUGUUCAGGUUCUGAGAUCUUUCCUGUCUUAAGUAGUUCCGAGUUGUUACUCCAAGUAAUUUACCUUGACUUCAGUGUGGGAGGAUUCCUCCAGUUGCAGCUGCAAGGGCUUGGUGGGACUCAUGCAAUAUCUGAUGUUUUCCUAUGGUUGUUUUGCUGUUGUUCCUUUCCCUGAGUACAGGAGUCACAUGGUGGCAUGAAAAGUUUGGUCUCCUCCUUCCACCUUACUCACAGUUGACUGCCCUUCUUGAGUUUCUUUUCCAGAGUUGCGUGUAAAUGCUUCUCCCCUCUGCUUUGAAUAUUGCACAUCUUUGGAGAUCUGUGACUAAGAAUAAAUCAGCUGGGUGAUGCUCAGUAAACGGGAGAAGGCGAGAAAGGGAAAUUGUUUUUAACACGGCUGCUGAUUCCUGCCAACCAUCUCUCAGGUAAGUGACUGUGAAACUUCUAUUGACAUGUGAAUUCACACCCAUAUUCAUUCUGGUUUGGCAGAAGUAAAAUGAAUAGGGGUGUGAAUUCACUUCAGGCAAAUAAAAUUGGGUAGAUUUGGACCUUGCCCAUAGUGUAGUGGUGCGUCUCUGAAGCAGACAGAUGCAAAAUGAUCCACUUAUGAAGCUACAGGUAUUUGGAGCGACAUAGACCCCUUGCAACAACCUCUGUAAAAUGAACAAUGCUAGGCAUAGAGGAGGGAGAGAAAGGGGUGUGGUUUUGAGACUGAUAGCUGUAGCUUCCAAUGAGGAAAUGACGUUCUCUCUUCAAUCACCCUGCUUUGGGGAGUAACACUGAAGCAUAGCUGUCAAUUUUUCCCUUUUCUUGUGAGGAAUCCUAUUCGGAAUAAGGGAAUUUCCGUUUAAAAAGGGAAACAUUGACAGCUAUGCACUGAAGCAAUGUAUCUGAACUCUGUCCAUUUCCCAUUGUUCUUUGCCAGCUCACUCUCUUUUAUGGCCAAUGCCAUGUGUACACAGAUACAAACACCUGGAGCCAGAAUAGUACACGGUAAUGUGUACACAGCCUUAGUUUCACUCACCACACCCUAUCCUCUUCUGGCCCUAGCAGUAGCUACAUUUAACAUCAAACUCCUUGUUGUUGUUAUUGUUUGCAGGUGUGUGAGUAGCACUGCAAUCUGUUUGACCCUAUGACUGUGUUCUUUGUUGCGUGCAUAUAUGUUAGCUGUGAUUCUGUCACCCCCCUCCCCAGUUUUAUGGGACAGCUCCCCCUUUUAGGAGGGGCUGCUUUGCGGGCAGGAUCUGGGUCCCCACAGCGAUCCUGGAGUGGGUGGAGGUAAACUGCCCUCAUUAGCAGGAUCUCUGGCCACAUCAUAUUCUGUCCGGCCAAUCAGGGCUUGCCUGGGGCAUGGCUACGCCCGUUUGAAUAUUGGUGUGGCCAGGGAAGCAGCCUCCUUCUACUUCCAGCUGUGGGAUCUCCCAGCCCACCCACCCUCUUUUCUCGCGUAGUUCGACUAUGGCCUUGCUAUGACUUAUGUUGGUCGCCUGGUUCUCGGGGCCAGGUAGGAAUUUUUCCACUUGGCGUAAUUGGCACUAGCCAUUUGGUUUUCGUCUACCUAAAAGGAAUUGUCACAACUUUAUAAGGUUAGGCAUUGGGUAAGCCUUAUUAUGGGAGGGGAGGUUGUUGCCUCCGCCUGCCCCUCCACGUUAAGGGUAUCCCGUUAAAGGGAUCCGGGGUGUGUGGUCCCUAUCUGAAGCCUGGGUGUAGGCAAGGGUCAUGGCACAACCCCAACGGUGACCUUUAAGGGUCAACCACCGGAAGGGGGAGCCCUAUGGUGUACAUCAAAUGGUCAUUUGAUGUACACCAUAGGGCUCCCCCUUCCUGUGGUUGACCCUUAAAGAGACGGGCAGGAGUCAGGUUAGUCUUGCUUCACCCAAUUGCCAAACCACUCACAUCUGUAACCAAUAAGGUUGUGGCCUUAUUUAUCCCAUUAACCCAAUAUACAUGUGUUCAUGUGUUUAUUUCCGGGGCCUCGCCAUGCAUUGUGCGCAAGCACUACAUUAGCAUAUCCUUUCAAAUUUCAACAGACUGACAAAACGCAUGCUGCCCCAGGCAAGGGUUGACUUUGUUUUUUCAAAUUUCAGUGGCGCCCUGUGUGAGGCCAAAAUUUGUCCCCUUGCCUUCCGUUCUCCUCAGUUCACUCCAUCACAAUUGUGACACCCUGCAGCAUCCUUUUGGCUUGGCACCCAUUGCAGUGGAACCAUUCAUGCUGCCCUAAUCUACCUCUGCCCGAAGGCAGCUUCUUAGAGGACAAAGGCAAAAUGUGAGAUAAAUCAUUCUCUCUCAAAUAAACUUUAAAGGGGCUUAGCGUAAGGUCACACACCUGUACCCAUCGAUCUGAAAACUGACAAGUGUGGUGUAGUGGUUAAGAGUGGUGGACUCAUAAUCUGGUGAACUGGGUUUGAUUCCCUGCUCCUCCACAUGCAGCUGCUGGGUGACCUUGGGCUAGUCACACUUCUCUGAAGUCUCUCAGCCUCACUCACCCCACAGAGUGUUUGUUGUGGGGGAGGAAGGGAAAGGAGAAUGUUAGCCGCUUUGAGACUCCUUCGGGUAGUGAUAAAGCGGGAUAUCAAAUCCAAACUCCUCCUCCUCCUCCUCCUCCUCUUCUUCUUCUUCAGUCCUUCAGAAAGGAGGAUGCUAUUACUGCAAAUUUCUUCUGUAAAAAGCAAACAAAUACCCAGGGUGGAGUUAUAUUUGUAAAAAAGAAAAAGGUAGAAGUGUUUGUUGUUGAGUGUGCCCAUGAUAGUCAAUGUGGAGACAUGAAAAUCUGUGCAUUUUCUGAAGCAGGGUUCUUCUUUGGACUGGGCACAAAGUAUGUGUAAGGUUGUCUGAUGUGAAGUGGCCUGUUACCUGAAGCCAAUUUUUUAGCAGGCGCACUCCAAUAUUUUGUUUGCUAAUGUCAUUUUGAAAGCUGAAAUUGCAAAAAAGAACAACAGGUGCUUUGAAUUACCGUGAAUCUCUGUCUUGCUUUUUGAACUUCAUAUUUAAUAUUGUUUCAAAACGUUAAACAACAAUUACACUGUCAACUCAAGAUGCCAUAAUCAUUCCCCAAUAAUUGUGGUGAAAAGCUACAACAUCUGCAAUGUACCGGAUUAAAAAGUAAAUAAUCUUGGCUUCCUUUUUGCUGGUUGGGCAUUCUUUCCCAUUUUCCAGGGCCUGCCACACUUCUUUGAAGUCUCUCAGCCCAAUUCACCUCACAGAGUUUUUGUCGUGGGAGAGGAAGGGAAAGGAGAAUGUUAGCCGCUUUGAGACUCCUUCGGGUAAUGAUAAAGUGGGAUAUCAAAUCCAAACUCUUCUUCUUCUUCUUUUUCUAUUUGAUUUUUUUGUCACCGAAGUAUGCUACAGGAUCCUGCCCUUGCUGGAAACCCAGAGAUGAGGCGUAUUGCUCACCUCUUCUGCCCUUUGGAGGGUGACUGUGCCGUUGGGGUGGUGACGAGAUCGCACUGGCCUAUCUAUUCUGAAUGUAUUCUGAAUGUUCUUAUGGGAUGCCAAUAAAGGUGACUUGACUUGACAUAUCAGGUGCAGCAGGGAAGGUGAUUCCAACUAGAUCGUGGUGUGUGCCCCCCACCCCCUCCACGCCGCAGACCUGAUCUAGCUCUCUUCCGCAGUUCCAGGUGUUUGUUAAACAAAAAACAGCCAGCAACACUGAAGUUGUUGAACUGAUGAAACUUGUAUCCAAUCUGGUCAUCACUUGCUCAUUCCUGUAGCUUCACAUUACUGAAAUGUGAAAAGGGGCGAGGCUCUGACAGUCAUAAUUAAACGCACUGAGUACUUGCUAGUUUGAAAUAUUCUUAUAAGAGGUAAUGCUGCCAGGUGCUAACAUCCAAUUGUUGAUUUGUGCUCCAGACCACAUGCAACUGAAAUGAUGUUGGCAUCCUUUUCUAAUGCAAAGGAGGUAGGAAAACAUGUCUAAACUUUAAAGAUUAAUGUUGUGUUCCACUUAUUUAGUUAUUUAGAUAUCUAGUUACAGUGGUACCUCUGGUUAAGAACUUAAUUCGUUCCGGAGCUAAGUUCUUAACCUGAAACUUUUCUUAACCUGAGGUACCACUUUAGCCAAUGGGGCUUCUCACUGCCACUGUGCAAUUUCUGUUCUCAUCCUGAAGCAAAGUCCUUUACCUGAGGUACUAUUUCUGGGUUAGUGGAGUCUAUAACCUGAAGCAUAUGUAACCUGAGGUACCACUGUAUUUAGACAAAAAUAUGUAUGUAUUGUUUUCCAUUUCAGGGCUGACUGAAAGUGUAGGAGAGACUAGUUUAUGUGUUUAUGACUGAAAGUGUAGGAGAGACUAGUUUCUGAUUUUUUAAUAUAAUGGAAUAUACUUGUGCUCUGUUUCUGUUUAUUUCUUUUGUAAUUUACUCCCCUUUACUGAGGACUUUAAUAUUCCGGGCUGGUAAUUACAAUUGGAAUGAGAUAAUAAAGUAUUAUUAUUUCUGCAUGCCUGCAAUGGUAAUAAUAUAACUUUAUAAGUAAUCUGUCUAACUCUAGAAGGAAAUAAAGUCAUAGAGUGCAUCCUUCAAGCUUUGUUUUCUUUGAUAAGCAAUGCCUUAAUACUCUGACUGGAAUUCUUUACUUACUGACUUACUUACUUACUUGAACUGAGUGUGGCUCACUUUGGAUGGGACGUGUAUAGAAUUCUGCUGCUCAUGUAGCUUGUCAGAAUAAGGGUGAUUAAAUUGUGAUACUUUCAAUGUAUGUUUUGUAGGUAAUGUUUACUGAUUAGAAGAGGAGACAGGAGGAGGUGGUUGCUAUUCAGGAUUAAUUUAAGGGGCCAUAAUCUUGUCUAUGGGUUCUGAAAAAUAUAGCCAACACUUUUUACCUAUACUCUGUCAUGACUGCAUUAUAGAUUUUGUGGAAAUCCUUGACUGUGAUUUCUUUAUAAUAUGAUUUCACCAUCUUCUUUUAACCAUAAGCAUUAAGAUAAAUUGCCAGAGUCUUGGUGCAAUUUUCUACAAAAUUUCAGUUUUGGUACAUAUCUAUUCCAUUCCGUUUUGAGGAGGAGGGAUGGGUAAGGGAAUAUGGGCAAUGCCAGGGCUUUUUUUCCAGCUGGAACUCACCUGAACUCAGUUCUGGCACCUCUCAGGUGGAUGCCAUUGCCAUUAUAAGAGAACAAGGGAGGCAUUUAUGGUGAGUUCUGGCACCUCUUUUUCUAGAAAAAUAGCACUGGGCAAUUUUCUUUACAAAAACUAAAAACAGCAAUUUAGAAUACUCUUAAGAAGCCCGUAGCAGCUUGCAAAUAUAAUCAAGGAGUGAGUUGGCUGAUUUGUAUAUUUAUUUUGCAUUGAUAUCAUGCUGCUGUUGUUGAAUGGUCACUUUAAAAUGUGAAGGUUCAUUAUUGCUUCACAAGUUGUGUAUGUCUUUAAGGGCCAGGGCCAAGGCAAAUAACGAGACCCAGUCUUGCAGCUGUGAAACAUAGCAGGGGCUGCUAGGUUGUGUUAAUUAAGCUGUGUCAGCAUUUGGGCAUAGUAUAUAAGGAGCAGCACCUAGCUCCCUCAUUACCCUGGGGGGUGGGUUGGUGGUUGGGUCUGGUUUGUUGUUGAUGUAUUUAGUGUAUAAGGAGUUUUUGGUUUUGUUAUUAAAACCUUGUUUAAGUUAUUUUUGAGUCCCUUUUUAACGCAUGGUCUCCUCAGCAAGCUCUCUGCAGCACUACUAAACUGCAAAUAGCCAACAGCUGUACCAUAUCAGGAGGGCUAGGCUGGAUUUUUUGCUUCAUUCAUCAGGGUGUGAAUGUUAGGAUAUUUCCGUUCCACCUUAAAAGGGAGCAGGCUUUGUGAGUCACAGAGUCUGCGUAUUUCCUGUUCACAGGAAGUUUAUGUUUUCUAUUGCUUUCGUUUCUCUGUGUCAGAGACACUGAAGCUGGCAGUCAUGUUUUUCUUUGUUCUGAUCAACGCUGAAUAAACUUGUAAAUAAUACUCUCCUGCGUGCAACUUUUGCUGUGCAUUAUCUGCUGAUAGAGCGUGCAUCGGCUCUGGAAUGUGGCAGGCUAUUUCUGGAGCUCGUGUCGCUAAUUGCUGAUACUGUAUCUACCAGAGGUUGAUGGAUCGUCCAGAGGCGACUUGUGGGGCCAUGAUGGACUUUGUCUCCCUGGCAGUAUCCCAACAGUGAAGUCUGCUGCCAGGAGAAGAGCACACAGCAUCAUCCACACCCAAAACGAGUUAUUUUAUAGUUAUUUUAUAGAGCAUUACAAUCCCUGUUAAAACUGCUUGCUAAGAUUUAUGGCUGUGUGAGAAUUGAUUAGUCAGACAUUCUUGCUCUGCUCACAAGCUUUUAUCUCUUAUAUCAGACAUGUUCAACUGGCCAACCAUGAUCACGGGAUCCUGGUCGAUUGCGGGAUUUAAAAAAUGGGGGCCUGAAUGUCUCCAUCCCAGCCCCCCUGCUGUGUUCCUCCGCGUCAAGUGGGUGGUCCUUUGGCGUUAGCUGAUGGUGAUAGGUGAUGGUGAUAGGUGAUAGGAUGAUUGGCUUUAGCUCUGUGUGCGUUUGUUGUUGUUUAUGCCAUUCCCCCCUAAAGAAAAGCUCAACAACCCUGGUCAGUCCUCCCCUUGCACCCACCCACUCCACCCCACACACGCUCCUUCUGCCUCCAAUGAUAAUGGGUAGAUCACUGCCAGUUUUGUUAUACUGGGAGUAGAUCACAGUCUCUGGGGAGUUGGGCGUGCUGCUUCAUUGCUCCACAUGAGUAGAGAUAGUUGCAGCAAACCAUAACUUCCCAUUAUGUCAAAACCAGGAAACUAUGGAUAGGAUUCCAAGCAAAUUAAAAUUUCCAUAUUAAGCAGAAGGAUAUGAUUUCAUACUGUGGCUUGUUUUGAAGGUGUCUUAAUACUAGUUGUUUACAGCAGCUUCCAGGCUUGUUUGUUACUUGUGUGACCGGAUUGGUGAAGUAGUUGUGUGUGCGCGCACACAUACACGAACAACUUAUUAGGCUGCAUUUGGACAAUUAACUUCUUUUCAGUCAAAGGUUUACAUAAGUCAAAUUGACUUGACAUUUAACUACACAGCACUACCUGGGAAAUCAAACGUUUUUAUUAUUAUUCAGUCCCCGUCCCCCGUCCCCCUCUCGUUGGUUACCGGUCCAAUUUUAAGUAACAAAGUGCUUACCUCUCUAUCGGAACUAGGGCUGAUCAAAUUAGUCCCACAAAAUUGUCACUCCGUUAGUAUGUGGUACAUUUGAAGGGGGAGUUUUUGUUAAUUUGUAGGAUCAAGUGUGUGGAAUUUUUUGAAUAACAUAAUGUAGCAUUCUCUCAAGGGCAUGCAGAGAGGGUGAGGAUGGUAGCCAAACACUAGUGGCCAAUAAAAAUAGUAACUGGGAAACACCCUGUUUUUUGAAUGCUGUCUUCAGGCAACCACACCUGGCACCAACCUUCCUUAUCAUCUUGGCGCCAGUUAAACAAUUUUUAUUACUCCAAGUACUAGGGCAGCUUCCAAGAAAGUUGCUACAGUUACUCAGUCCAAGUGUGGAUGCGUUUUGUUUUGUUUGUUCAGUUUUAUUUUUUUGUUUUGUUUUACAUUUGUCGUGAUAUUAUGUUCAUAGAAUUGUAGAGUUGGAAGGGACCUUGACGACCAUCUAGUCUAACCCCCUCCGAUGCAGGAAUAUACAGCUGCCCCGUACAGGGAUUGAACCUGCAACGCUGGUGUUAUCAACAUUAUGCUCGAACCCUAUUCCGAACUUAAAAUUGGUAAGUGUAAUGCUGGUGGUCAAGAAGAAGAAGAAGAGGAGUUUGGAUUUGAUAUCCUGCUUUAUCACUACCUGAAGGAGUCUCAAAGUGGCUAACAUUCUCCUUUACCUUCCUCCCCCACAAUAAACACUCUGUGAGGUGAAUGGGGCUGAGACACUUCAAAGUAGUGUGACUAGCCCAAGGUCACCCAGCAGCUGCAUGUGGAGGAGUGGAGACGUAAACCCAGUUCACCAGAUUACGAGUCUACCGCUCUUAACCACUACUCUCUCAAGGCAAAUCUUUAAAAAUGUAGUAUAAACACCGACAACUGGGAAACACUGGCUUGUGAGCCCUCUAAUUGGAGAACAGCCUUUAGCAAAGGUUUCAUGGGUUCUGAAGACACUCAAACUCAGGACGAAAGGGAUAAAUGCACUAAGAGGAAGGCAAACUUGGCAAACCCUCACCAUGAUCAAUUCCCGCUCAGAAACCUAUGUCCUGUAGAAGGACAUGUGGAUCCAGAAUUGGCCUCCACAAUCACUUAUGGAAGACAAUCUUACUUGGGUUGCUGAACAACUUGGUGGGUUUCUGCAUGAAGCAUCGGCUCUGGAUCCAUUCCAAUCUGGCUUCCACUCUGGUCAUGGGACCAAGACGGCUCUGGUCGCCCUAACAGAUGAUCUCCACAGGCAGCUGGAUCAAGGCGGGUUGGGGCCACUUAUUUCUAUUAGACCUGUUAGCAGCCUUCGACAUGGUCGAUCACGAACUUUUCGACCACCACCUUGACAACGUGGGGAUCCAGGGCACAGUCCUUCAAUGACUGCCCUUGUUUCUCCCUGGUCGGGGACAGAGGGUGGCGCUUGGGGGAGGAACUGUCGUCACGCCACUCCUUGGUGUGUGGAGUGCCGCAGGGUGCGAUACUCUCCCUGAUGCUUUUCAACAUUUGUAUGCGCCCCCUCGCCCAGCUUGUCCGGAGUUUUGGUUUAGGCUGCCAUCAGUAUGCUAAUGAAACCCGGCUCUAUCUGUUGAUGGAUGGCCACCCUGACUUGGCCCCAGACACACUGAUCAGAUGUUUGGAAGCUGUGGCUGGAUGGUUAUGUGGGAGCCGGUUGAAGUUAAAUCCUUUGAAGACAGAGGUCCUUUGGCUGGGUCAGGACGAUAUGGGAUGGGGGGGCAACUCCCAUCUCUUGCAGGGGUGCAAUUUGUGCCAGCACCGUCCAUUAAGAGUUUGGGUGUAAUCUUCAGCACCUCCCUUUCUAUGGAGUUGCAGAUUGCAGCUAUAACACAGGUGGCAUUUUUUCAUCUCCACCAAGCUAAGCAGUUGGCUCCUUACUGCUCUUGCCUUGACCUAGUCACUGUGAUCCAUGUGACGGUCACCUCCAGGCUUGAUUAUUGUAACUCACUCUACGUGGGGCUGCCCUUGAGACUGACCCAGAAACUCCAGUGGGUGCAGAAUGCCACGGCGAGACUCCUUACGGGGUCCUCGCUGUGGGAUCACAUUCACCCGGUGCUAUACCAGCUGCACUGGCUCCCGGUGGAGUACAGGAUCAGGUUUAAGGUGCUGGUUUUAACCUUUAAAGCCCUAUACGGCCUAGGACCCUCGUACCUAUGGGACCGCCUCUCCUGGUAUGUCCCACGGAGGACCUUACAGUCUUCAAAUAAAAACAUCUUUGAGGUCCCAGGCCACAGGGAGGUUAGGCUGGCCUCAACCAGAGCCAGGGCUUUUUCAGCCGUGGCCCCGAUCAGAUGGAACGCUCUGUCACAAGAGACUAGGGCCCUGCGGGACUUGACAUCUUUCCGCAGGGCCUGCAAGACAUAGCUGUUCCACCAGGCCUUUGGCCCAAGGCACAGUCUGACCCCCUCUCUCCUUCUGUAAUCCUCAUAGAACUCUAGCCCAAUGGUUGGCAUUAAUUUGAUUCUGAAUUGAUUUUAGAAUGUAUUUCAAUUAAUUGACUGUGAUUAUAUGUAAACUGUGCUAUUUUUACUGUUGUUAGCUGCUCUGAGACCGGCUUUGGCUGGGGAGGGCAGGAUAUAAACAAAAUAAUAAAAUAUUAUUAUUGUUGUUGUUGUUGUUAUUAUUAUUAUUAUUAUUAUUAUUAUUAUUGGCUAUGAGUGAAUGCUGAAGAAGAAGAAGAAGAAGAAGAAGAAGAAGAAGAAGAAGAAGAAGAAGCUCAAACCAAUUGAGCUAUCUGGUAACUUCAACUUUUUUUUGUUAUUGCUUUAUUGUAUUGGAAAUUGAUUUGAGGGUCCCCCCCCCAUUGUCACUAUUUUCAGGGAUCAGCCACAUACCAGCAUAUUCAGGUUGCACAAUUAAUGUGGAUUUGAAUUUCCUGCACAACAAACCCGCUUCUCCAAAAGACUGGGCAUUUUGCAACCAGGAAAGUGAUGAAAAAAUACCCUGGAAAGUGUGGGGUAGCACUUGCUUAAUGCAACAUCAUCUAAUCUCUCUGCAAACAAAUUCUCAACAAAUAGUCUGUGUCAUCUGGAAGUAACCUGAUAAAGAAUACAGUUAUAUAAAAUUCAAAUAAAUCAAAUUAUUAGUCUGCUGCCCUCAUAGGGAGUGAAAAACUUCUCUCCACCCCCCCGACAAAAAGAGUACCUGCAGCUGCCUUCUGCCACAGCAAACAUCUUUCCCACAACAAUCGAAACUAUUCAAAAAUGCCCACCCCGAAAGUUCAACAACUUUCAUUAACAGUUAGUCAAACAACACUGUGGGUAUUUGUUUACAUAAGUGAUUCCCACCUCCCCAUCCCUGAUGCUAUAGGAGUAUGAAGGAGUCACAGCAAGAAAAAGGAAUGGAACCAGAAAAAUGAUCACCUGUCUGUGGGGAAAUAAAAUGCUGUAUACAUUUAUUAAAAAUUAAAAGAAGGACAAAGUGUAAGAAAUGAGUCCUGAGCAAGUAAUUCUGCCACUACAAGGGGUGGUGACGGAAGGUCACAAAAAGUGAAGAAGGAUCUCUCAAAAAGCCAGUGAACUGGAAAACUUUGAACCCCCAACCUAAAGGUGUUGGAAGAGCCUCAUCAUCUCUGAGGAGUAGUGGAAAGGCAGGAAGCCUGGCAGGGCAGCUGCAAGUAAUUCAUGUGGAAGAGAAGAAUACCUCUCAAAGAUGCCCCCUCAUUGCCCUCCAAAGCACUGGUGGGGGCGAAAAGCAAGCAGAACUUCAGGGAGAGUCCAGAUAUGUCAAAGACUGUCAGGAAUGAGCCAGCUCUAAGUGAAGGCUUGCAGCCAACUGCAAAAAGCAGCCAGGAACAGGGAGAGUUAGAUGUGAGACAGGAACAUCUUCGGCUCUUCUUGACUUUGAUGAGCAAGCUGACAAGGCAGUAAUGGAGUGCAGGCUAGAACACAGCCAAAGCUCGGGGGGCCACCAGGUGGCGCAUUGGAAGAUGGCCAACAAUAACAUCUCUCCGACCCAUACGAGGUAAUUAAGAGGCUGCUAUGGGAAGUAUGCAGUCUUCCUACCCCCCCCAGGAGAUGGGGGCGCUGCCUUGCCAGCGGUGUCCACAACGCACCCCCAGAUUCGAGAGAAGGGGGUGCCGGUCACUUGGCACGAGCCCUCGAUGAGGUCGGCUCUUCCUGACGCCGGUUCCAAUCAGCGCGUGCUGCUUCGCUUUAGCUAGGAAUUAUAAUUGGAAACAUAUGAUUGGAAUGAAGCGAAAGCACAUACAUCAAGCAACGUUCGGGAGAUAAGACUGCUGACUAAUGGAUCUCUGUGACCGGAGUGACGGAUGGAUAAGUCAAUCAACUGAUGAACCACCAUUAAGAGACUGGUAUGUUUGGAAUGAAAUAGAAGGGGGGGUGGAGGAAAAAACUUUUCUUUGCAUUAUGUGAUAUUAAUAACCCUCCACCCAGAAAGAAGAUCGUUGCGUUUUAUUAAUCACAAGCAGGAAUUCAAGAACUGUGUGGAGUGGAUUAUAGUUAAAGAGAUGAUUGGUAAACAACGAGAAAGGAGGAAAAUUUUAUGACGCAGUUUAAAAUGGCGUCUCGCUAAGACAGGCUUGCCUGAGAAAGAAAGACAGGGGGAGGAGAAUCAGGACCUUUGGAAUGAGAAUGACUGGAAUGUGAUCUUAACCUGACAGAGCCCUCCUGAUAUGCUUGGCAAGCCUGAGAAAAUUAAAGGACAGACCGAAGAUAAUUUUUUUAUGGAAGCGUGGAAUGGUGGCUGUCCCUGAGUGAUAUGAUCUUUGGAGAGUACAAAACCCACACAGAGGAUGCCUGUCUCUAAUCCGCUUGUGAAGAUUAUCAGAGAUCGCAAAGAAAGGAAUAUAUGAUAACAACAAGAAGAUGAAGAAAGUAAUAAAGGACUAUCUGGAUUGAACUGGAUAGAACUGUUUAAUUAACGCAGCAAUAUAAGUGAUGUUUGGACUCGUUCGGAGCUUGAUGUAUGGGUACCCCCAAUAAAAUUUAAAAUUUGGCUGUAUAAUUUGGAACUAAUGUGAUUUGGAUAAUGUGAUGUGAUUGGCCUGUUAAUAAAAAUUAUUUAAAAAAAAGAGAACACAGCCGAAGCUCGCCAGAAACACAAAAAGGCGCAAAGAGUCUCAAAGUCAGCCUCUUAGACCCUAAGUCCUAAGGGUCGGCAUAUGGGAGGGUUGUUAGACAGUAAGCAAAACAAGAGAUGUAAGAGACGUAAGUUCAAUAUCUUCUGUAGAUCCUGGAAGGAGUCUUUAGAAGGGUCAUCUUGAGUAAUGAUGUCAGAGGCUUUGUUCGAGCCGUCUGAAGUUAUCUGUUUGUUUUUGCAAUAAAUCCUCCUUUUAAUGAUCUACGCUUAUCAAGCUGGGAACCUGGGCUCCUGACAAAGACAGACAGACGCCAACAACAGCCCAAGUGAGAAUUCCAGUCAAAACAGUAAUGGGUGUGGAAAUGGCUGCUGUUUGCAUAUUCCCUCACUGUCAGGACCAGAUUGACUUCCUGCAAAGCGGCAGUUGUUGACACUUAAUUUCAAAGCUGCAAAUAUCUAUCGCAAAUUAACAUAACUUGCACAAUGGUAGCAUUGUUUAUAUAAAGACCUGACGUGGGGGGGGGGGGGAACCCUGGAUCAAAUUGUGUUUUUGCUAUGUGGAAUGCAAGAACAAUGAAAUAGAAGAAAGACAAUUCUCUACUACACAUCAGGAUGAAAUCAACAACUUUUUACAUUCCUAGUAUUACCUUGGCUGAGAAAGAACCCCUGCUGUCACAAUUUCUACUGUGGGUUCAUAGCACAAUAACUACAUUACUCUUCAAAGUAAGCCCCAUUGAAUUCCAUGGAGAUUGCUCCCUGAUAAGUAUAUACAGGAUUUCAGCCUGAAUUAGUUAGUCUUCAACACAGGGCUCCCAUAAAAUUCCAAGAUCUAUUAGAAAACACUAUUCCCUGCCCCCAGCUUAUUCACCAGAAUGUCUUAACCAGAAUUUGGAAUAAUGUAGGAUAUUACAUGGACUUGGCUGGGAGACCAGGGUUAAAGGCACAACACAGCUAUGAAACUAAUCGCUGUAUCUCAGCCUAACCCACAGGUUUGUUGAGCGGAUAACAUGGGGACUCAUGAAUUCCACCCUGAGCUCCUUGGAGAAAUGGUAGAAUGGAUAUAAACAUAAUACUGAUAAAUAAGGAAUACUCAAAAUAAAAAAGCCUCUCUCCAGCUUGCCUGGGGAACAGGAGUGGGUGCUGGCUGAAACAGCUCUUCAACGAUGUUGCUCCCGCAACCUGGGACCGGGCUGACUGGCCUUUAUCUUCUCUGAGGCCAGGGGCGGUCCCGGCCCCCAGGAGACCCGCCUCUCCUGGCCUUAAGGCGAGCACUCCUCCUGGGAGAAACCAGUUCCCUCCGCCUCUCUGCCCUGAGCCUCUGCAGCUCAGGAGAGGCCGGUGGGUUACUGGACCCAGGGGGAGACUCACUUUCCCCUGACAGGGCUGGGAGAGGAGCACCUGUAGGAGCCAGAGUGGAUUCACCUGGUGCCUGCUCCUGAGGAUCCGGCACAGGUGCAGGUGCUUCAGAAUCAAGGCCCUGCCCCAGCUCAGCCGGCCCUGGAGGCGGGGACUCCAGUGCAGGCUGGGAUUCCUCCAGUUCAGCCUCUGAAUCGGAUUCCCAGGCCAUCACACCAGAAUUCUUUGUCUUUUACCGUGAUGACUGAAUAAAUACAGUGGUACCUUGGGUUAAGAAUUUAAUUUGUUCUGGAGCUCCGUUCUUUCUUUUUUUUAAUGUAUUUUUAUUAAAGAUUUUCUUGGUUUACAAAAGUAUGUGCAAUCUCUCUCUCUCUUUUUCUUCAAGUAACAUUUUUUACAGAUCAGUUUCAUUUGCUGAGACAUUGGGAAGAAAAGGGGGGAAAGAGGUGGAGGGGGGAAAGUGAGUGGGGGUAGGGUCAGGUGGCAAUGUUUCUAUUUUCCUUAAUAUAUGUGGGUAAUAUAUGUGGGGUUUUGCGUCAGCAUCGCUUGUGCAGGUUCUCUGCUAUUCACUUGUGUUUCUUUGUUGGUGAUGGAGGUUGGGGUUGGCCUAGAGUGUGGUUGUUUGUUUAUGAUUGGCUGUGGUGGUCUUUGUUUUCAUGUGUGAGUGGGGGUGGGUGGGUGUUUUGGAUCAGGUUAGCCAUAUUGAUUUGUAUGUUAUUGGUGGAUUUUUGUCAUUGUCUUGUUGGGCUGUAUAUGUGAUAAAGGGGAGCCAUACCAGGGUGAAGGUGUCUUCUUCUAUUUGUCCCCGUGUCAGUUUCAGUUUAUUGGUUAAUUUUUCUAGUAAGGCUGUUUCCCAUACUAUUUGGUACCAUUGGUCCAUGCUUACUCCUGAGAGGUCUCUCCAGUGUCUGGUUAUGAUGUUUCUGUCUGCUGAAAGUAGGUGGGUUAUGAGUUCUUCGUGGUGUAGAUGGGCAUUAUUGUCUUGGAAGAUGUUUAGUAGGGCCAAUUCUGGGGUGAUUUCUAAUACUUGCUUAGUUAUUUUACAUAUUUCUUGUAUGGCUUUUGUCCAGAAUAGUUGGAUUUUGGGGCACUCCUACCACAUGUGGAGAUAUGUGCCUGUGGUGGUGCACCCUCUCCAGCAUUUUGGUGAGGUUCCUGGUCGUAUUAGUGCUAGUUUUCUUGGUGUUGGGUACCACCUGUAGGUGAGUUUCAGAGUUAGUUCUUUUCUUUUCGUUGAUAUGGAUUUAAAGGGGGGUUUAGACCACAUUCUGGUCCAUUGAGUGGAGUUAAUCUCAUAGCCUAUGUCAUCUUCCCAUUGUUUUUUGAUUGCGUCUAGGGGAUUUGCGGGAUUUUGGAGUAGUAUUUUGUAUAUUGCGGAUACUAUCCCUUUACCGUGUCCCUUUGUUGUUAGGAGAAGGUUUUCAAAGGUUGUCAGGAGCCUAGUUGCUGCUAAUUUUACUGCUGGGUUGUUUAAGAGGGCAUGUAAUUGGUGUUGUGCUAACCAGGGCAUUUGGGUGUCUUCUAGUUUGUCCUGUAUUUCUUGGGUUGACAAAGAUUUGUUAUUUUUAUAGAAGUCUAUUAGGCGAUAUAAGCCUUUGGUUUUCCAGGUUUUUAUCUGGAGGUUUUGUGCUACAUGGUGGAAUAAUGGGUGGUACGCUAGGGGAAUUAGUGGGGAUGGGGUUGAGGAUAGUUUGCCUAUUUCUGUUUUCCAUGCUUUGAGCAUGGUCUGUGUGUACCUGUUAAGUGUUGUGGGAAUUUUCCUUAGUUUGUUUGGGAGGAGUGGGCAUGCUGUGGUGCAGGUAUUUUCUAUUGUGUGCCUCUCUAGGUGUAUCCAUUGUUUUGUCUCAUCUUUUAGUAUAUAUGGGAUUAUAUGGUGUAUUCGGUUGGCAAUGUAAUAUGCCUCUAUGUUGGGGAUUCCCCAUCUUCCUUCUGAGGUGGGGAGGUGCAGGUAUUUGGGGCUUAUUCUUGGUUUUUUAUGUGAGAAGAUAAAGGAGUGUAGUUUUCUCUGCGAUCUGCAGAGUUUGGUUAGGGGAAUCCAGCUUGGGAGGGUUUGGAAUAGGUAGGUUAGUUUUGGGAGGGUGAUCAUUUUGAUCAUGGCUAUUUUGUCUGAGAGAGUGAAAUUCAUGUUGUUCCAUUUCUUUAGGUCUUUGUUAAUUUGUCGCCACAGGGGCUUGUAGUUGUGGAGGUACAAUUUAUUGAGGUUUCUGGUUAUUUGUACCCCUAGGUAUCUGAACUUGGUGUGGCGAAGUUUUAUCUUGGUGACAUUAGUGAAUUCUUUUUGGGUGUGAGGAGGGGUGUUGAAGCACAUAGUAGGCUCGACACCAUUGCAAAUGUGUUGAGUUCUCUGAUUAGGGAGGUUGCUGUGCUUAUGGGGUCUGCUGUUGUGACCAUUAGGUCAUCUGCAAAGAGCCCUAAUUUAUAGGUUCUGCCUUUUAUUUCCACUCCCUUGAUGUCUGUGGCCGCUCGGAUUCGGAUUGCUAAGAGUUCCAGAGCCAACUGGAGGUCUGUUUGUAACCUGAAACUGUUCUUAACCUGAGGUGCCACUUUAGCUAAUGGGGCCUCCCGCCGCCGCGCUACCGCCACACAAUUUCUGUUCUCAUCCUGAAGCAAAGUUCUUAACCUGAGGUACAAUUUCUGGGUUUUCGGAGUCUGUAAAUUGAACCUGAAGCGUCUGUACCCCUAGGUACCACUGUAAUAUGUAAGAACUUUCUGGUUUCCUUCCUGCCUCUUGGUGCCAUUUAGGAGAGGGAGAGGAUCCCUCAAGCCUGGCAGUCUGCCAGCUCUUCAUAGCUGCCACACUGGCUGAGGAGCUGAGGGGAGUUGGAGUCUAACAACAUCUGGAGAGCUGUAGGUUCCCCAGCCCUGUUUCAUGUGAGAUGGCUGGGGGAGAUCUAAAAACAGGAGCAAAAUAUCAUCAGUAUGCAGGUGACGUGUGUCUUUAUCUUUCCUUUCCAUGUCUCCAGGAGCACUUAGAGGCAUUCCUAACAGCUGUCUUGAAUUAAUGGGCUAUAUAAGGGCCAAUGAGCUGGAUAAACGAAACUCUCAAUGUAGAUAAGAGCAUCAUACUUCUUGAUGGUGGCAUAUUCCACCAAGAAGCAAUUAGACCUAUUAUGGGUGGAGUGGCCUAAGGUGGAUCACAACAGCAGCUCUGGCGCCAUCCAAAUUUAUGGUUAAAACAACCUUAAGAACUGGAUCUUCAAAAGAUUGCAAACCACUGCCUACGUAACUGUGAACCCGCAGAAAGAAAUCUGUACAUUUUAUUUCUGUCCAGCACAUAGUUUAUUUUACAGAGGGGUAGCCGACAAUUGCAACAAAACCAACCAGAGGUGCCAACUUGUGAGGGGGGGGUAACGUUGUGCAUGUGAUGUGACACGCAUGUGACAUCUUGACAUCCAGUGCAUGACGUCUUGACAUCUGGAGGAGCUAGGGGCGGAGUCAAACUCAGUGGCUGCAUAGUUUCAAUAGCCUGCGGCUUCUCCUAUCCUGGCAUUGCCACCAGUGGGAGACUGCUUGAACCCUCCUCCCCUCCAUAGCAGGAGGAGUCGGAGUCAGAGUCGGAGUCGUACCAUGCUGGGCUCCACGUUUCACCUCUGUGCUUAUGUGACAUUGGGGGUCCUGGCCUUUACCCCCCAAAUAUUGAGGGGGCCGAAAAGGGCUCGGCCCCCUGGAGCUGGCGCCCUUGAAACCAGCCAAGAUUCCUGUGGCGUCUUAAGGACUAACAAAUUAUUUAUAGCAUAAGUUUUUCAUGUCUACUUCACCAAAUGAACCCUUGUACAGAUAUCUGCACAGUUCACUAACUUUUUGUUUGUCAUUGUUCUGCAGAUGGAGGUGUCACCUUGCCAUUUGCUGUGUGUGAGAAUCGUACAAAUAAAAAAUCUACGAAAGGCAGAUUUAUGUGAGUACCCCCUUGUUUCCACAAAUCUGUGGUAAUGUUGACUUCUAACAGGGGUUCUGUGCAGCAGAAGUGCCUUCGCAUGAUAAUUUUGACAUGGCGGUAACAUAGCAAAACUGCUGCCAUUGUGCGAAAGCAGAUAAGCAAGGAAAAGAUGCUAAGAUUAUAUAAUUCAUUUCUUUUGUUUAUUUGAUUAAUUAUUUCAAAGGAUAAAUUGUGUUCCUCUGUGUGCCCCAAAGUGCACAAACUUUAAAUCCCAGAAUGUUCCGCAUUCAACAUGCUGUUAAGGCUUUGAAACCCGUCCAACAUCUCUCUGAUGAAAAUAGGGACAUCCUCUUCCAUUAUUACUACUACUCCUACUCCUAUUACUACUACUAUUGUUCUAUUUAUACCCCACCCAUUUGAUUGGGUUGCCCCAGCACCUCUGGGCAGCUUCUAACAUAUAUAAAAACAUAAUAAACAUUAAACAUAUUAAAAAAACCUUUCCUAUGCAGGGCUGCCUUCAGAUCAGACCCUCCAUGUCUGAUGUCCCUGAUUUAGAGAAGCCGUCCCGGUUUCUGAUUUGAUCCUGGAAUGUCCCACUUUUCCUUAGGCUGUCUCUAUUUUCAUUGGAGAAAUGUUGGCGGGUAUGGAGUUAUUCAACUCCCAAGCUGUCUGAAGGCAAUCCUGUAUAGGGAAUUUUUUAAAAAAAUAUGUUUAAUGUUUUAUUAUGUUUUAUAUAUGUUGGAAGCUGGCCAGAGUGGUUGGGGCAACCCAAUAAGAUGUAUGGGGUAUAAAUAGUAUAAUUAUCAUUAUGGAAUGGGACGUCCUUAUUUUCAUUGGAGAAAUGUUGGAGGGGAUGUCAGAUGGUUUGGCGGUUGGAUAACUCAAUAUCCUCCAACAUUUCUCAGAUGAAAUUAGGGACGUCCUAAGGAAAAGCAGGGCAUUCUGGGAUCAAAUCAGAAACCAGGAUGGUUUCUGUAAAUCCGGGACUGUCCCUGAAAAAUAGGGACACUUGGAGGUCUGGUUUGAGGCCGAAUGAAGGCUAGAGGAGCAAUCCUUUGCUUUAACACACCACACUCUCACUGCAGCUGAAAGGUAAGCUUUGAAAAACAGGAUGGGAGUGAGGCUUACUCAAAAUGGCACAUGGUUAGUUGCAAACCCAGCUGAAAUUCAAAGGAAUUUUGUCUCACAUUGUAAAAAGUUAAUUAUUGCUUUAUUGCUGAACUGUGUGUACUAUGGUGCUUCUUUUUUCAUUUACUGUAAUAUGUGUUCAGUACAACAUGUCAGGAUUGCUAUGAUAACCGACAGAAAAGUAGGCAUUUGUGCUGGAUGUGUGUCCUCUGAUGUAAGUACCUGUCAGGGAACUGACAUCGGAGCUAGAGGCGGAGGGAAGGCUCUCAAAUGAUACUGGAGAAGGGCCCAGAAGGGAGAGAGGCAGCUCCGCAGAUGGGGAAGCAAAUCAGCGCAACACCAGGGAUAAAGAGGGGCUGAUGGGGGAAUCGGCGAGAGGGCUCCAGGACUCUUCACUGGACACCAGCGGGGAGAGCACGGGUCCUCCGCUACCCAUGCCCACCCUGCGCAGAAGACUUCCGCGCAGAGAGAGUAGGAGGAGACUGGGUGUCAAACAACUUUUAUGUUGGAAAAGAUUUAAGAAACGCCCACUGACGGAUUCUGCUAGCGACUGAGGCAGCCACGAAGUGAAGGGCUGCCCAGACUGAAAGGUUUAGCAAGGCAACAAAGCCUGGAGAGGCAGCAACUUAUGCACGAGCAACCCAUACACAUUACAGUACCAAACCUAAUUAUCAAGAACAAACUGUAACAUACUUAGGCAGUUUCCAUUAAUUAGAAUUGUAUAAUUUUGAAUUUAAAAGAGCAGUAGCUUACAGAGGCAGAAAACUUGAUUACAUCUUGCAUGAGCUAUGAUAGCUAUCCUGUAAUUUGAAUAUGAAGGCUGUCAGGAGGACAGUGAUUUGAGGAGCAUCUCAGUUACAUAUCAGAUAUAAAGAAGGCACAACACAGACUGCGAUAAAGGUUACGUGAACUAUGGAAGUUGGGAAAGGGCGUGGGAGGAGUUUAUAGCAAAACUGUAGAUCAGAUUGAACUUCUGCCAAUUGCGCUCAUUCAUGGGGAGUGCUGGGACAUCACUCGCCCAAUAAAGGAGGAGAGCCAGAAACAACAAUAUAUACUGUACAUGACUCUGGCACAGGAGCAAUGGUUACCAUGAAGAAGUUCAGACAUGAACAUGAUGCUAGCUCCCAUCGUUCCUGAACAUUGGCCAAACUAGUUUCAGAUGACGGGAGUUGAAGACCAGUGCUAUUUUUCUAGAAAAAGAGGUGCUGGAACUCACCAUGAACACCUCCCUCAUUCUCUUAGAAUGGCAAUGGCGCCCAACCAUGAGGUGUUGGAACCGUGAGGUUCCGGCGAGUUUCAGCUGGAAAAAAAGCAACCAUGCUAGCUACCCUGCUCUAAUUCUAUUACAGAGCCGAUCCAUAAUAUAGGCUUCUGUUUGUUUUUCUAUAAACAUACAAAGGCCCAUCUAGUCUGGCAUCCUCUUCUCACAGUGGCUAAGCAGGUGCCUUGGGGACCAUAAAAAGGCCCUGAAUGCAACUGUGCUCUCCCCACUUGUGUUUCCCACCAGCUGGUUUUCAGAGGCAUUCUGCCUCCGACCAAGGAGAGGGAAUGUAGCCAUCGUGCCUGGUAACAGUGGAUAGCUUUAUCCUCCAUGAAUUUCUCUAAUUCUCUUUCAAAACUGGGGCCACCGCUACAUUUUAUGGGACAAAUUUCAUAGGUCAGCAAUGUGCUGUGUGCAUUGCUGUGUGCAUUUCUUACUUUUUUGUCUUGAAUCUUUCAAUGUAUGAGAGAGGGAGAAAAACCUCUCCCCCUCUGCUUUCUCCAGACCAUGUACGGAGCAACACCAUCUUCCGUCAGUGGCGGAGCUUCAUGCUCUGGCACCAGGGGUGGAGAGCAGGCAGGGGUGGGGCUGGUGCACGUCCGGGGGCAGGGCAGCUGCGAUGGCACCAUGGGAUCAUACUGCCGGGGGCGGUGUGCUCCCCCCGCACUCCUCUUCCUCUGCCAAUGUCUUCAGUGUAUGUCCUGUUUGCGAAGAUAUCAGUGUUCCACUGGUUCUCUCCAUCCCAUAAGGCUUAUCUUAUGCAAUCUCUAAGACCAGGAACUCUACCCUGUCCAUUUGGCUUCUAGCAUUAGCACAGAAACACCUAUACAUGUGGCCACAGCACCACCUGCAUCCCCGAUCUCUCUGAAUUAUUUAUCCUGCAUUUUAUACUGUGAACCACCAUGAGAUCAUAUGAUUAAGGGUGGUAUAUAUAAAUCUAAUAAAUAAUAACAGUUAUGUCCAGCUCACAGAUAGUCAUAGAUGUGACAGUCUGUUCAUCCUUCUAGAUAACUCCACAUCCCUGCUGGCUUUCUACCUGCAUAAGUGCCCUUGGGGGUUUCUGAGUUAUUUUGGGAAAUUGAGAUUCAUUAGGUCACGAAAUGGGAGGCAUUUGGCCUCCUGGCCCUGCUGAUGACCUCGCUUGGCUGCUUAACUUGCUUGUUACAUUAGCUUGACACUUUGUCGCUGGGGCUGACACAUCAUGUCAACUGGGAAUUCCCUCUUGUUCCUUGUCCCUUGCUAGAUGAUUCUAAAUCUAUACCUCCCCCCAGAUGCUGAUGCAGCCAAAUAGAUUCAGGGCAGCCCAACUUUUCAUAUUAAGUGGAUCAUAGGAGUAUUUAGACAUGGAACUCAUGGCCCGCAUACUGCCUUGUCGCUGGGGUGGGGGUGGGGUGGAGAGCAAGGCCAAAAUUGGAUGCCAUCCCCCCAACCCUCAUGCUGAUUCCCAAAGCUGCAUAAAUGAGGUGUCAAGCUUUGGGAAGGAGACACGAGGCUAUGGCAGAGUCCUAGAGCUCUUCUUUCUCCUUCCCAAAGCUGGAAAAGCUCUAAUUAGGCUUUGGGAAGGAGCAGGAGCUGGCAGUUCUGGAGCAAGACUUGACUUCCAUGUAGAAAUCUUGUCAAAUACCUUGUGCUACACUUCUACAUGACCAUCAAAUGGACUAACAUGCCACUAUGCAUACAUUUGUAUGCACAGGAGCAGUUUGCAUAUGCAUGAAAUCCCACUCUCUUCCUCCUUAAAUGUUCAUGGAAUGUCUGAAAAGGACGGUUCUCCUUUCUGUGCCACUGGUAAACUCUACUAUAUAUAGUCCAAGAGACUGUAUGGCAGGGGUGGUUAACCUCCACCCCCGCCCCCCCACCCCCCGCCGGUUGUUGCUGGUCUACAAUUCCCAUCAGCAUCAGUCAGCAUGGCCAAUAAUCAUGGAUUAUAGGAGUUGUAGUUCAGCAGCUUAGACAGCAUCGUAAAAAGCAGAGACAUCACCUUGCUAGCAAAGGUCCUUAUAGUUAAAGUUAUGGUUUUCCCAGUAGUGAUGCAUGGAAGGGAGAGCUGGACCAUAAUGAAGGCUGAUCGCUGAAGAAUUGAUGCUUUUGAAUUAUGGUGCUGGAGGAGACUCUUGAGAGUCCCAUGGACUGCAAGAAGAUCAAUUCUUAAGGAAAUCAGCCCUCAGUGCUCACUGGAAGGACAGAUCAUGAAGCUGAGGCUCCAAUACUUUGGCCACCUCAUGAGAAGCGAAGACUCCCUGGAAAAGACCCUGAUGUUGGGAAAGAUGGAGGGCACAAGGAGAAGGGGACAACAGAGGACGAGAUGGUUGGACAGUGUUCUUGAAGAUACCAGCAUGAGUCUGACCAAACUGCGGUAGGCAGUGGCAGACAGGAGUGCCUGGCGUGCUCUGGUCCAUGGGGUCCUGAAGAGUCAGACACGACUAAAUGACUAAACAACAACAACAUCAGAAGGGACACCUGUUAGUUACCCCUGCUAUGUGCAAUUAGCUGAGAGGAGGUGUUUCUAUAUUGCCUUGCAUGUUUGCUCAUUGUUUGCAUCCAUCAUAUAUUAAUUGAUGUUUGCAUCCAUCAUAUAUCCAUCAUAUAUUAAAAGGGCAAUUCACCAAAGGCUUGGUUAAAGAGGAAUGUUUUUGCCCUACGCCACAAGGUUUAUAAUGAAGGUGCCAGGCUGCUUAAGAGGCUUCUUUGAUCUCUUUAAAAAACUGCUUUCCUGUAUAAAGGGAAUUCAUUUUUUCUAUCUUCUUGUGCUAAGGAACUUGUAACUCUAAAAGUGGGGCAACCGCUAAUGAUAAUAAUGUGUUGAUUCCUUUAAUAAUAACAAUGCAUUAUAACUUCAAAAUAUAAUGUGGUUUGGCCUGAAAUGCUUAAUUAGUUUAAGCCUGUGGAGAACUGUUAAAUGGGUGAUUUAUGAUAGCUUUCUAAAACAAAACAAAACAAAACAAAACAAAAGAUGUUCCAUCAUAAGGAAACAAACAUAUUGUGCUUAGUCAUCAUUUCUUCUUAAUAUGAAUUUCACCUGCCUCUGAGAGAAAUAGGACAACAGGAACAAAACAUGGUUUUUAUAUCCUAUAUAUGUCCUACUGACUUAGCUCUGACUUGUGAGGUCAAAAGCGGCAAGGGGGGAAAACGCUAUCAGGAAGGAAUGUUGUAGAUUGUCCAUUCAUUAGACUUUGUCAGAUGGGUGGCAUAACAACAACAACAACAGAGCCACACUGUCCUAUAAUAACUAUAUUAUUUUCUUCAGGCACUUUGAAAAGUGGCAAGUGAUUAUUUAUGAAUAAUUUACUAAUUAACUACAAAAUAACUCUUCACUUCUUGCCUGUUUUCUAAGCUCCUCAAAGAAUCUGAUGCAAUCUGCCACAGCACUAGCAAAUAAGCUUUUUGGGUGCUUUGUGCCACUGACAUACCAAAUUGACUGAAAAUAUUACUGUGGGAUCCUUUUUGCUACUCCUAAAGCUUCCACUGUUUGUAGAUGAAAUAAGUGUUAUAUAACUUUGCCAUGUGACUGGAGUAGCGUAUGGGUGGGUAAAAAAUAGAGACAACUCACAUAUACUGAAUCCUAAAGGCUACAUCAGUACGGUCCUACAUGCUUAUUGGUCCAGCUGAUUAGCAUGUAAUGUCAAACCAUGAUUUAGCAUUACAAGGAUGAACUGCAGCAAACCACAGGCUGCUGUGACUCUUUUUCCUCCUCUUUUUGCUAGUCAGAUCCUCCACCUAAAAGGCUACAGGAAGUCAUGGAAUCCUUCAAACAGGAGACAUGACCUUUCCCACAUCUACAAUGGAGUUUAACUGCCUUGACUUUUGAGCCACAGAUUAUUUGCUAGGCUUCCAGGAUAACUCUAUAACCCCCAAUGGACAACAAGAAAGAUAUGUAAGCCAGAAAAAAUAUGCAUGACCCUAUGAUAUACAACCACCCAUACAAGUGAAAUAUGUAUUUCCACAUAUAAUAUGCAACAGUGCAUACAAGUAACUAGGGACAAUGAAGUCCAAUUCUUUCACAGUGCUUAUGCAAUAUAAUAGAUUUUUAUGGUAUAAAAAUUAAAAUGGAUGAGCACAGAGAAGGGAUACAAUGAAGAAGUGACUUGGUUUCCAUGUAUUCUCUUGUAAACACUGUGUGAUCAUGACAAUGGUAAACAUUAAAGUUAAGGAUUUAAUGUGGCCUAAUAAUGCAUCUUAAAUUGACUCUUUUUAAAACAGUUAGCCAGUCUGAUUGCUAUGUGAGCUUGUACCUGCCAACAGCUUCAUUUGAAAGACCUCGGACCAAGACUGUUAAGGACUGUAAGGAUCCAGUAUGGAAUGAAACCUUCUACUUCAGGAUACAGACGCGGGUCAAAGUAAGGCACAAAGUCAACGAUUAAUAAUUUGUCUGAUCUCCUCAGCCAUAUUUAGAAUACUGUUUUGCUAAUUUGUUACCUACAAAGGACCCACCAUUGCUUAUUUGGGUACAGAGGAUGAGAUGGUUGUUAGUUAUUAACCUUAAAUCUAUUAGCAGCUAUUAGUCAUGACAGGUGGAAUAGAAUGUCCCAAAUGCUCUUUUUUUCAGGGCUUAUGCUGGCACCUUACCUCACAUAACCUACCCUAGCUGAGCCAGGGUUGGGCCCUUAUGCCAGCAUAUCUCUGGCAGAGCCAGGAACCUGUUCCCUGAGCUGGAAAUUCACCACAUCCCAGCAGAUCUAGGGUUAGGAUUGUGCUCUUAGACUUUCAAGUUGCCACAAGACACACUGUUGCUUCAACUGUUGCUAUGUUAGUAUACACUGGGUACUACUGCAGCUAUAUGUUACUUCAAGAUGUAAGCCAUUGUUCGAGUAAGAAUAAGUAACUGAUUCAGAUUUAGAAGAUAGUUUAUGCCAGUUUUCUCUCUUUCAUGUCCACAUACCUUCCGGUGCCUUUUCUGUCCUCCUUUCUAAUGUAUGGAAAGAAUGGGCUGACCCAUUCUUUUUUCUAGUUGUUUGGGCUUUGUGGUCCAGAAGCAAGCCUUGAUGACUGUCAAGGCUCUGGGAAAGCUCUCCUCUCCUGACUGCAGCAAGAGCAUAGAAAACAAGGAGAGUCCCUUUUUAUUCAAUCCUAAGAGACAAAAGAAUACAACACGCCUUAACAUGGCAUUGCUCCAAACUGGGCUCCUCCUCCCACAUUUCUAACAACAGCAGCCCCCCUUACAGUAGCUGUUUGUAGCCAAAAGUCUCUGAUUCUGUUGUUCCUACACCCUUAAUGAACACCGAGUUCUGGGAGAAGGGGGAUCAGAAAUACUCUCCAGUGACAAUGGGUCAGCUGGCUGCCCUGUCGCAAUUCCCCCCCUCUUCUUCUAACAUGUUCCAACUCCUUUGUUUGUCUAUCUCCGCACUGUGACCUUCCUCAGACUCCUCAAAGCCCUGCUGUAAAUCAAGGCUGCCUCCCUCUUCUUCUGCAGCAUCAGGAGAAGGGUGUGUGUGUUCCCCACCAGCCUCCUUCUCCAUCUUGCCCUUUUUGUCCUAUCCUUGACAAUGACCAACUUUGCUUCUCUUCUCAGAAUGUUUUGGAGAUGAUUGUUCACGAUGAAGACCACUGCCUCAUGGAUAAUAAUCUCUGCACUGUUCUCUUUGAUGUUUCCAAGAUCCAGCUUGGAGAAAGAGUUUGCCUCACAUUUCCAUUGGAUCCAAAAGUAAGAAGGUAGAACCGAAGGCUGCUGGGAGGGCAUUAUUAACAGGUGGAAUCGCCUUGAAUAAAAAGCAUACAGUGGUACCUCGGGUUAAGUACUUAAUUCAUUCCGGAGGUCUGUUCUUAACCUGAAACUGUUCUUAACCUGAAGCACCACUUUAGCUAAUGGGGCCUCCUGCUGCUCCGCCAGAGCACAAUUUCUGUUCUUAUCCUGAAGCAAAGUUCUUAACCUGAAGCACUAUUUCUGGGUUAACGGAGUCUGUAACCUGAAGCGUAUGUAACCUGAAGCGUAUAUAACCCGAGGUACCACUGUAUAGUAUAGUAGGGGAAAGAGCAUACGAGAAUAUUUAACAAAGAAAAAGGGCAUUAUGUUAUGGGAAAUUGCUUGCAAAAAUGUGUAUAUCAGGAGAAAUGCAAACAAAUGUGUAUGAUGUGGAAACUGAUGUGGAAAUGAGAUGAACUGAAAUGUGAAACAGAGAGAAACUGCAAUGGAGAGGUUUGUCCACCCUUCCCAAUUGAUCCAUUCAGCAAUGGGAUUUAUCAUACUUACACAUGGACCGUUUCUUUCAGUUAACAGUUGAGGAAAACAUUAUCUCAAACAAAAACAAUGUAAUUAUCCUUUUACAGAUUCCAGAAACUCUGGAGGUAGAGUUUAGCCGGGAGAGCAUGUAAGUACAUCCCAAACAAUGCAAUAUAUUUAAGAAUAUCUAACACUAGAAAAUAAACUUCGGAACUGUGUUGCAUAUCAAAUCAGAUGGACCUGGAGCUCAGGUUUCUUGUGAUCUGGCAAAGCAUUGCCAAAGGGUAACUAUCAGAUAAAUGUAUUUUUUUCUAGUCUUGUUGUAAUUAGAUUACAUGAUCAGGGCUAUGUUGAGUCAAUUACAUUAACAUGGAAUGUCAAACUAGCAACUAGAAACGUAAAUUUCCAUUACCAAAGACCAGAUAUGACAUGUCAAAUAUAUUUAUUUUGUUUUGCAGCCCAGUUCCUGAUGAGCAUAUUGUUACUAAUGGCAUAUUAGUGGUAAUCUCAUUUUUUAAAAAUGAUUUCUCUUUUUACAAAAGUGAUAUUUAAAUCAUAUCUGUUAUGGGUAUAUGAUUGUGGUAUCUCGCUGCAGUUCCAAAAGUUCUUGCUUCUAAUAUCAUUCGGCCACACAUUUCGGGGUGGGGUGGGGGUGGGAUUUCUGGGUCAGAAGGCUAGUGUGGGGAGGCAAAGUGUUCCUUACAGAGAUUUUAUUUUAAAAGAAUAUUCAGUGAACAUGGCACAUUAGAAACCUGCAAGCUAUGUGGUCACUUAUUUCUACGGAGAUAGUCCAAUCAGCAGCCUGGGAAAUUAGCAAGGGCAGCAAUAUGUUGGGUGCAUGGCGCACAGGCUGAAUUCUAAACGAGGUCUAAAGCAUGAGCCCCUCAGUGAAACUCCCAGUUUGAUGUAACACAGGACAGUUACGAAAGAUGUAGCUUCGGUGAACUGCCCCAAGUUUUUCCAAUGAAGGGCAGUAUAUGAAAAUGAAUGAAAGAAUGAAUGAAUAGUUUAAUACAACCAGCGUGAUGAUAAUGAUUAGAUUAAUUAGCCACCCUUCACUGAAGCUAAUAAUCUGUGGGAUGUGAGUAGGGAAUCAGAUGCAAAAGAGCAGUGCCGGAUUUACGUACAAGCUAAACAAGCUAUAGAUUAGGGCCCCACUCUUUUGGGGGCCCCAAAAAAAAAUUAAAGGAAAAAAAUACUGGAUGUACAUUUCCAAAAUAUAAGAUAAAGAACAAAUAAAAUAAAAGCUACAUUCAGCACAGUGUUUUGUGUUGUGUAGGCACUAUGAUGUAAGUAAUGGGCCCCACCUCCUAGCCCGCUCCCUAAAAUAUCACUGGUUUGCUGAUUUCUAUAUAUAGGGUGCCUGCAUGGACUGAUUGCAUGGCAACAUGUGCAAAUGGCUUUAGAUACCUAUUAGGUCCAUAAAUUACCAUAUAGCAUAUAUUCAACACAAAAAACAGCGAUAAUUUGUUGUUGACAAAGGGCAGCUGGACAUAUAAAGGGUCCCAUUACCUUCAGUAGCUUAGGACCUCAUUAAACCUAAAUCUGGCCCUGUAAAAGAGAAUAGAGCUCCUACAUAUGUAAUAGAAGUGUGAAAGUAGAGAUUUCAGAAAGGCAUGCAAGUUACGCCUGCAGAAAUUCCCUCCUCCACACAGCUUUCUAAGGUGGAAGUGGCUAGACAUGUGGGAAGAAAUAGAGCGCGAUGUGGUUACUGCAGAUAGGAAAUAGCAUCAUGAAACCAUGACACAUCAUCAUGAAUAAAAACAAUAAUAUAUGAUCAUAUUAAACCCUAAAAUAUAAUAAAGGAUUCAAAAUCUGUCCUGUACAUGCUCAUGAAGCAAACCCAGUCUCUGAUUCGUCUGAAAAUUAAGUCCUAUAACUAUCAGAUUGUGGGAUGCGGGUGGCGCUGUGGGUUAAACCACAGAGCCCAGGGCUUGCCAAUCAGAAGGUUGGUGGUUCGAAUCCCUGCGACAGGGUGAGCUCCCGUUGCUCGGUCUCUGCUCCUGUCAACCUAGCAGUUUGAAAGCACGUUAAAGUGCAAGUAGAUAAAUAGGUACUGCUCUGGUGGGAAGGUAAACGGCGUUUCUGUGCGCUGCUCUGGUUCGCCAGAGGCGGCUUAGUCAUGCUGGCCACAUGACCCGGAAGCUGUCUGUGGACAAACGCCGGCUCCCUUGGCCAGUAAAGUGAGAUGAGUGCCGCAAUCCCAGAGUUCUUCACUACUGGACCUAACAGUCAGGGGUACCUAACUAUCAGAUUAACCCUGGGACCUUUGCGUGAAGGAUGGGUAAUAAAUAAUAAUAAAAUAUCCGUGACCAUUUCAAAUAUAUACUUGAAGGUAAUAAAACCACCGAUAUUCUAUUUUAUUAAAUUCUAGUCAUGAAAUGGACUGAGGGCCAUAUGCCAACCCCUAUUCUAUAACUUAUUGGCAUAUUCCAGGCUUGUUCUAAAGGACCUGUUACAUCACAGCUACGUCGUGACCAGUAAGGUUUUACCUUAUGCUCUUUUAUUUCCCUUUCUCUUCUUAUAGUCUCGUGAAAUUUCCUGCUUGGGUGUACAGGUGAAUGGAGGGACAGCAAUGAAGAAGAAACAAGGAGGUUAAUAUGUACCUUUAUGUAUAGCUAUAAAUAGAUUUACAGUUAAUGGUUUCAAAGGUUUUAUCAUUAAAACCCUUUGCUUGCUCAUUAAAAGUCUCAUUGCUGGACCUUUGCAAACAAACACUUUGGUUAUUUUGCUAUUUUAAUGUUGUUGUUGUUUAGUCGUUUAGUCAUGUCCGACUCUUCGUGACCCCAUGGACCAGAGCACGCCAGGCACUCCUGUCUUCCACUGCCUCCCACAGUUUGGUCAAAACUAUUUUAAUAUGAUGUGCUAAUUUGCUUCCACUAUAGUGUCUAAUCAAAUAAUACUUAUUUUGAACACAAAUGUAAGCGCAAGCCUGAAUGGGGGGAAAAAAUCAAAGCUGAUUUAAAUGAUCAAGUGUAUACUAAGACAUAUUGAUGUAGUAUCUUUUACAUAGUAAGUAAAUGAAUGAUUAUCAUAAUCUAUAGGUCUCAAUGCAUUUAAGGUGGUGUUCCCUUUGAAAACUGCAUUUAAACUAAAGCAUGGAAUACAUCUGGGCAAUAUUGCUCAGUUGCAAUUAGCACUUCAUCUUAUUAUGCCUGUUCUAUAUCAGCCACACUAUCUCCCAGUCCAUUUCCAGGCCCAGCCCAAGUUUACUGAAGUAUUAUUUAAAAAAAUCAGUAAUCUUUAUUGGCACCCUAGCAGAAUUAAUUAUCUUAUGAAAUCAUAAUUUCAUUGGCAACAGCAUAUGUGUGGAAGAUUAAUGGUGGAAUUGAAUGUUCUGAUUGAUGUUGGCAUGCACAUCUUCUCGGCUUGGCUCCUGAUCCCCAGAGUUCUGGCGCUUGUCCCACACACACCAGUGUCAAGAACUGAGCUUCAGAAAACUGAGCAAAUGUGGCAGCAAACUAUAGAGCUGUGAACCUACCACUAGAGCAGGGGUGGCUGGUGGCCAUUAGGAGUGGUAGGGUGGAAGGCAGAGAGGCCAACAGGAGGUGAGCCAGAGCCAAGGACAGGCAAAGCCCAUUAAUUUUACUUUUGUCCCCAUCCUCCUCCCACUUGAGUUCUACAAGAGUACAACUGAGACUGAGGAAGAAGCUGGCAGGCAGUGUUACCCUCUGAACUAGUUGUAGGUAAGAAGGCAGGCAAGUAGUGGCUGGCUGAGGGCAGACUAAGGUUGGUAGGGCAAUGCCCCAUUUGCCCUAAUCCAGUGGCCCAUCUAGUUCUCAAAAUGGCCAACCAGAUGCCUAUGGGAAGCCUCCAAGCAAGACCUUCCUGUGAUUCCCAGCAACUGAUAUUCAGAAGCAUACUGCCUCCAACAUAUAGCCAUUAUGGUUAGCAGCCCAUUCUUUAUUCUUUCAUGGAUUUAUCUAAACUUCUUAAAGUUUUGUCAGAAGGUAGGCAGGUGAUCUUGGAGGAAUCAAGACUGCAGUCAGAGGGGCAGUGCCCUAUUUUCCAUAAUGGACCAGACUCCAUUGAACCAGAGGCAUCACAAAAUCUCCUCCAGCUAGAAAUGGAGGUGGGCUAGUGGUAGUUGCGUGUCGAGGUCCCCAAGCCACCCCCCAAUAACUCACACAUCACACAUCAAUUUUGGUUUGGGUUUUUGGCACGAUUUUGGCCACAACUUUAUUUAAAUACAUCCAAGUGAGUGGUUGCUUAGGCAUUGGUUCUGACUAUCUGUCCUUGCCCAGGGGACAGAACUGGACUUCUGGAUUCCAGCGAAAGCCAGUGCGGGAAACAAAUUUUGGGGAGAAAAUGAAGCUGGGCCUCAGUCCCUCACUUCUCACCCUCAUUCUCCUGGUGGCUUGCAUGGCCCAAGUCUGAUGCCAGGGACAAGGACGAAAAGAAUGGCAAGCCCCUGGAUUCCUUUAACGGAAUUCCCUUUCCGCACCACCAUUGGAGGGAUAGGCACUUACCCCUCCACCAACCAAUCUGAACCAAUGCCUAACCGCCAACCUUACAAGUUGUGACGAUUUGCUACGCAGUAGGCAAAACCAAAUGGCACCAGCCAAUCAGCCAAAUGGACAAAUUCCUACCAGGCCCCUGCCUCAAAGCAGAUGACCCCAUGACAGGCAUAGCAAGGUCAAGUGAACAACGCCCCCAAUACAGGGAGGGUGGGCGGGUAAUCCAGUGCAAGCAGCCAAGAGAACGCUCAAAGUUGGGUGACCAGUAUUUAAAACCUCUGACCCUUCCUUCAAAAUUGGCAACAAGCAGUUCUCCCCAGUGACCCGAUUAACCAAUACACUGCCUGGGUCCCUCCACAAAUCCGCCCAGCAACAAUGGGGUGGCUUGUAUCCCCCACCACAACACGCGCUCUCUGCUAGGGAGAACACAUUUUACAUACCUACACAUCUGGAAGGGAGAGUGAGGUCACAUGAGAAUGGCACUGACACCAGUAAGAUUAGUUUGGACCAGGAGUCGCCAAAAUGGGGCUCUCCAGAUGUUGGAUUGAAGCUCACGUCAAUACUCAUCCGGCAUGGCCAUCAGUCAGAGGAGAUGGGAGUUGUAGUCCAGCAACAUUUUGAUGGCAGUACGUUGGCUACCCUUUUGCUAGAAUCUUUGUUUGCUUUUUUUAGGGGAAUUUAUACAUGCUCAUGAACUGAAUAAAGCUAUGUUGUGACAAUUACAUCAGGGUUCUUUAUGUCCUUUGUAGAGCAAAACUUCACAUUCUCUGUGAAAGGAUCCUAUGAAGAGAGCCAGGACUUUACAUUGGGCUCUGAGCUGUGCCCUGCUGAUCCUCUUGUGUUUCACUGCAUCAAGAAUAUGGAAUCUGCACUGGAGAGUGAACCAGCAAAGAAGCCACGCUAUGUACGUUUUUAAACCUUCUCUUCAAUUUAAAAAGCAAUGUAAAGCUACCUCCACUGUAUAAAAUGUUUUCAUUUUACAUCAAAAUACUGAGGAGGCUACACUUUCUCAAGACAUAUAUAUGGUCUGGAGAAAGUGUGUGAGCAUAAUUUUAAUUUUUCUUCUUUCUCUUUUAGUGUACUCCUGGUGAAAGUAAUGAUGCAAAUAAAAGACUUUGCUUCACUUUGCCUCUUGAUUCACUUAGUAUGGAAAAAGAAGUGACCAUAGGCAAGGUACUGUAAGUAUUGUUUCGUAGUGGAAGAGGAAAAUCAGGGAGGAAAUAUAUUUAUUUAUUUUAGUAUAUGUGCUGCCAAAUUCAUUGGUUUAUUAACAAAAUUCAUACACCACUUGAUUGGGAGGGGGGGGGAAUCCUCCAAGUGGUUGUUCUAUUUACAAAUAAAAGAUGAAUAGCAGAAGAUUAGUAAGUCAGCAAUUACAUACUAUCCAUUAGUGUUUUGUUUUUUUCCAAAAAAAUAUUCAUUUUAUAAAAACAAACAAUACAAACAAAUUCUUGUCUUAUCUUUAUUUUUUCUAAACAUUGUUAAGUGGGCUUCCCCAAGUCCCCCCAUCUGAUUUUCAUUUUACCUCAUCUUUAGCAGUUUACAUAUAUCAUAAUUUUUAAUCAUUUUUUUAAUCACACUUACUUAAAAUCUUCACAUCCCUUGCAAAUCAUACUAUUUUAAAAUACACUAUCUUCUACUUCUAACCCUACAGCCUGUAUCCACUUCCAAAGCUAUUCUAAGAUUUAAAUAUUAACAUAUUUUUUCAAAUAUUCUUUAAACUUCUUCCUAUCUUCCACCGUCUCUUCUCUCUGGUCCCGGAGUCUCCCAGUCAGUUCGGCAAGUUCCAUAUAGUCCAUCAUCUUCAUCUGCCAUUCUUCGAUAGUUGGUACAUCUUGUUUCUUCCAAUUCUUCGCUAAUAAUCUUCUCGCAGCUGUUGUGGCAUACAGGGAAAAAAGUAACAUCCUUUUGGGGGAUUUCACCCCACUCUAUCCAUCACAGUGUUAAGGGGCUUCAGUUAAUUGUAGCAGGACCAUAGAAUCUAUAAUUCCAUGAGGCUGCCUCAUACCAAGCCAGAGUCAUGGGUCUGUCUAGCUCAGCAUCGUCUAUGCUAGUAUUCCCCAAUCUGGUACCCCAUCCAGAUGUUGUGGACAACUCCCAUCAGCCCCAGCCAGCAUGGCCAAUAGGCAGGGUGAAUGGGAAUUGUAGUACAAAACAUCUGGAGAGCAUCAGGGUGAGGAAAGCUGAUCUAUACUAACGGGCAGCAGCUCUCCAGAAUUGGGAUCUUUCCCAGUCUUACCUAGAGAGCCAGGGAUUGAACCAGAGACUUUUUCUGUGCAAAGUACCUGCUGUACCUCUGCUCUUAUCAAGUUGGUAAGGAUAAUUCUACGCAAAAAUGUAGAGAAACUGGAAUGGGCAGGACAAAUUUGUUGAUCCUUCAGUGUCUGGAAGUACAAAAUCUGGGGCACAGAAGGCUCAACAUUUAGGUAUGGGGAAAUUGCACCCAACAUGGUCCUGCUAGAAAUUAUGUGGGCAGGAUGAUGAUGAUCAUACAGAAAGGAACUGUGCCACUGCUGCAUUUGUAUGAUUCCUUCACACACAUUGCCAGAAAGCCAUUGGAAUAAAUGAAGGGAAGCAGCUCACACACCAUCACCAGUAAGUGUGCAAGGGAGAACUUGUGGCACUUCAAUUCAAUUGGACUCCAAUUCACAUCCGCCAGCAUGAAAAAAUAGGAAUUGGAGCCCAGCAACUUAAGCGUUUCUCGGCUAAUGACACCUGCUUUUUCAAACUUGAAGAAGUGAUUCAUACAUUUUGCCUAUCAUGCUUGUGAAUAGGAUGACUGCAGUCAAGGGAGAACUUAGCUCCUUUUAAGAGUUGUGUAGAAAGAAGGCUGUGUAGAAAGACUCCAUGGGGUCACGAAGAGUCGGACACGACUAAACGACUAAACAACUAAACAACAACAGAACAAAGUGCUUCAAUGAGCGAAACCUUUUCUCAUCUUUGGAUGACAGACUAUAGGUGUUUAUGUAACCUCAUCCACACAACUAUUAAAGGUCCAGUUGCUGUGGCUACUUGUGGAUUAAAUUCUGGUGGAGAUCUGCUUCCCUCCCUCUCUCUCUCUCUCUCUCUCUCUCUCUCUCACACACACACACACACUCACACACGCUAGUGAUUUCUAAAAGUUGCAUGGAUUGUUCUGCAGCUCCUAAUAUUACUUCAUGGACUUCUACUACUACUACUACUACUAUUCAUACUCCACCCAUUUGACUGGGUUGCCCCAGCCACUCUGGGUGGCUUCCAACAUUUAUAAAAACAUAAUAAAAUAUUAAACAUUAAAAACUUCCCUUUACUGGGCUGUCUCCAGAUGCCUUUUAAAGGUUGUGUAGUUGCUUAUCUUCUUGGCUUAGGGGUCACAUAACUCCAUACCCUCCAAUAUUUCUCUGAUGAAAAUAGGGAUGUUCUGAGUAAAAGCGGGACAUUCCAGGAUCAAAUACAAGGCCCCAUUUUGCUAGCCCUGAAUGGAGGUAUGGGUGAUGUGUGGCUGCUGCCUGCUUUCCUCUGGGGAUACCAGGCAGGAAGACCAAACAGUAUGUCAUGUUAUGGCAGGUUACUGACAACAUUCCAUCUUUUCUCUCUCUCUCUAGGACAAAACAGUUGAUCUAUGUGUGGACGUGAAAGAAUGGUAACACGAUAGUGUUAAUUUUACCCAACUCUGCCUACUUGACUUCUAUUUACUAUCUGAAAUAUAUAUCUAAAUAAUUAGAGGAUUAUAGUACAUUGAGGGGGCUCCUAGGAUUUGGCCAGAUUUGGUACAUGAAGUAUUUAUAUGAAACUAGUAAAUACUAGCUGUGGGGGAUAAUAUAGGGAAUGAAGUUUAACUCUCCCUCUGCCAAGGUCCUGAAGCUGCUAUUGGCCUCUAAGAGGGUUCAAUGGAAGCUUUCCUUGAAAUGGAAACAUUUGCUUUGGAUACGUGUUUUUUGUUGAGACUGUGGCUCUUCAUAAGAACAUGAUAACAAAUGGAGGGCAGGGGGGAUGCAGUGCACUGAUGCUUUCUUUGUUCUGCUCUGGCCUACAUGCAAGGCUGAGAAACCUGGAUGUGCGUUUGGGGUAUGAACUAUGUAUGGAUGAACAAACAGUUAUACAGAAACGGAAGAAGUUUGUUGCAGCUGCCCUGGAAAGGGCUCUCGGCUUAAAGAAGGGCUUACAAGAUCAUGAGGUACGUAGGAAAACAUUUUGCUUAAUAAAUAUUUGGUAUGAAGGAUUUAGCCUCUCUCUUUUUUUUUUCUUCCAAAAGAUGCUUCGUAGGCACAGUUUGACUGUGUUUUUUAAUUUGUGUGACUGUUUUCAGCAAAUAAAACAAACAAACAAACAAACAAAUAAAUAAAAUACAGCAAAUCCACUAUUUACAGGAUACAGUAAAGGCCGAAUUCACCAUAAAGGGAUAUAUUUGAACACGUAUGUGUUGGGAUACUGCCAGGGAGACAAAGUCCAUCAUGACUCCACGUCGUCUCCGGACGUCCAUCGAUCUCCCGCAGACACGCAGUAUCAGCAAUUAGUGACACGAGCUCCAGAAAUAGCUUGCCACAUUCCAGAGCUGAUGCACGCUCUAUCAGCAGAUAAUGCACAGCGAAAGAUGCACUCAGGAGAGCAUUAUUUACAAGUUUAUUCAGCAUUGAUCAGAACAAAGAAAACAUGACUGCCUGCUUCAGUGUCUCAGGCGCAGAGAGAGAAACGAAAGCAUAGACACAACAGAAACAUCCUGUGAACAGGAAAUACGCAGGCUGUGACACAAACAUCCUGCUCCCUUUUAAGGUGGAACGGAAAUAUCCUAACAGUAUGAACACAGGAUGGAAUCUGGUUGCUGCUCUGUAUGCUGUUGCUCCUCCAAACAGAUUUUCAGAGAGCACUUGGAGCUGCAGGUGAGAGGGGAAAUUGGUCAAACUUUCCUCCCACUAUCAGUAGACACAAUGGCAGACUUUGGCACACACCCACCCACUGCCUCUUGCACUCCAUUCUAGAGUAUCAUUGUGGUGCCCCAGCAGUGUGGCACCAAGUGUGGCUGAACCGGUGUGCUACCCUAAAACCGCCUCUGGUAGACAUGUUCCACUGGGGAAACCCUUUGUCUGCCCAUAGCUUGGUAUUGUCUGCUUUGAGUGACAGUGGUUUUCCCAAGUCCCUGGCAUUACGUUGGUCUUAAUGAACUCCCAAGCCAAUGGAGAUGCUUGGGAUUAAAUUGUGGACCUUAUGCAAAUGUGUGCAAAACUCAGAUCUGUGGGUAUAGGGCAGUAUACAAAUUAAACAAACAAACAAAAUGUACCACUGAUCUAUAAUGCCUCCCCAUGAGAGACAAGCAGAAGAUAUAGGGGCAGGGUGUGGUUGGUUGUCUGUGGUUGGCUGCAGUGGGGUUUGUUUGCAUUUGUGAGGGGAGAGGGCUUGUUGAGUCAGAUAAGCCAGAUUGAUUCAUAUGCUGCUGGUGGAUUGCUGUUGUUGUCUUGUUGGACUAUGUUUGUGAUAUAGGGGAAUCAUACUGGGGUGAAGGCACCCUCUUCUGUUUGUCCCCGUGUCAGUUUCAGUUGGUUAGCUUUUAUAGUAAGGCCGCUUCCCAUACAAUUUGAUACCAUUGGUCCAUGUUUACUCCUGACAGGUCUCUCCAGUGUCUGGCUAUGAGGUUUCUGGCUGCUGAGAGUACAGCUCUGUAUAAUGUGAGUGGUCAUUAUGAUCUUGGAAGAUGUUCAGUAGGGCCAGUUCUGGCGUGAGUUCUAAUGCCUGUUUAGUUAUUUUGCAUAUUUCUUGUAGAAGUGCUGUUCAGAAGGGUUGGGUUUUAGGGCAUUCCCACCACAUGUGGAGGUAUGUGCCUAUAGAUCUGCAGCCUCUCCAACAUCUUGGUGAGUUUCCUGGUCGUAUCAGUGCCAGUUUCCAUGGUGUUAAGUACCACCCGUAGGUGAGUUUCAGAGUGAGUUUCCUUCUUCUGGCUGAUGUGGACUUAAAGGGAGGUUUAGAUCACCCAUUGGGUGAUCUAAAACCCCAUUGGGUGGGGUUUAUUUCAUAGCCUAUGUCAUGCUCCUAUUGUUUUUUGAUUGCAUCAAAGGGGUUUGUGGGAUUUUGGAGCAGUAUGUUGUAUAUUGUGGAUAGCAUCCCUUUGCUGUGUCCCUUUGCUGUCAGGAGAAGGUUUUCAAAGAUGGUCAAGGACCUAGUGUAGUUUAUUCUGCCACUUAUGGAGUUAGGUUGGGGGAAUCCUGAUUGGGAGGGUUUGGAAUAAGUAGGUUAGAUUUGGGAGCGUGAUCAUUUUGAUCAUGGGUAUUUUGUCUAUGAGGGUGAAUUUUGGUUUAAACCUUUUAUUUCCAUACCUGUGAUAUCUGGGGCUGCUCAGAGUUGGAUUGCUAGGCGUUCCAGGGCCAAGAUGAAUAGGAAGGGAGACAGUGAGCAUCCUUGUUUUGUGCCUCUUUGGAUUGCUGUGCUACUGGAGUCCAUAUUGUUAAUUCUGCAUUUUGCUGAGGCUUGGGGAUAAAUUUGUUUGAGGGUUUGUAGGAAGUUGGGGCCAAAUUUCAUGUUAGGCAAUACUGCUAAUAGAUAUUGUCAUUCUUUUUUAAAAAUUGGGUUUUAUAAACAAGAAUAAUGUUAUACAAACAAGUGUACCAAGUUUUCUCAUGUCAUUUGUAUAUCGCAAAAAUAGCAUAAUAAAUUGGAAAAAUAUCUACAAUGUAUGUUUUAUUAUUAGUGGUCAAUCACAGGUUCUUGGCUCAUGAAUUGGUUUAAACAGUUAGGAAGGAAGGAAGGAAGGAAGAUAUUUCCAUUCUAAGCAAUCAAAGGCUUUAAGGAUGUGCCAUUGGUGCUGCCGGUCCUCAGGAGCUCCAUGCGGUUGUGGCGUUUGCCAUCUUGCCUUGCCAGAACUCUCCCAAGGUUCCAUUUAUUAAUCUUACUAUCCUUAUUGUGAAACAGAGAGGAAGUCGGUCUAGCAAGCAGUGACAGAGCAUGUCUCCAUGCCGCCCUUUGUGUGUGUGUCUGUGCCCUGCAUUGGGGUUGGAGUGAGGUGCGGGGGAUGAAUGGAGCCCACCACACCCACCCAGACCCUGCCACCGCUGGAGUGACACCAGCCCCGAGUGGCAUGAUUGUUGCACCCUUCAUGCACUGCCCUCCCCGGAUCUGAACCUUGCUUCCUUCAGAGGAUGUACAACUGACUUCAAUAUCAAAAUCAUAUUAAGAGUGACUUCAGCAUCCUAUUUAGAAAGAAAGAACAGGGGCUGUGAGGACCUCAUCAUAUUAUCCCCAUGUAUUACUUUUAAUCAUUGGUUUCUUAAUGCACCCUAACAUUUGAUUAUUAAAAAAUGUUUUAUGUUGAACAGGUGCCAGUGGUGGCUGUCAUGACAACAGGAGGAGGUGCCAGGGCAUUCACAGCUUUACAUGGCAACCUGUAUGGUCUUCAAAAAUUGAAUCUUUUAGAUUGUAUUUCAUACAUCACUGGAUCAUCUGGCUCCACAUGGUAAGGAUGGUGCAAUGACAAGUUCCCUUUUGACAUUUGUAACUAAACAGUGGUCCAUAUAUAGCUGCCCAGAUACUUUUCUGUGAAGGGGAACAUGGAGAAUAGCCGGUGUGCUGUUAGAAACUUGCCAGGCUUGAAAGUAAGUAAAGUGGUGGUGAAAGCUCACAACACAGGCUUAGCCUAUAAAUCCUUUAUUGGGUCCCCCCCCCCCUUCUUUUCUGUAGAAUAGCUUCUAAGCAGGCAUAGGCAAACUCGGCCCUCCAGUUGUUUUCGGACUACAACUCCCAUCAUCCCUGACCACAGGUCCUGUUAGCUAAGGAUGAUGGGAGUUGUAGUCCCAAAAUAUCUGGAGGGUUGAGUUUGCCUUUGCCUGCUCUAGAGGGCAGUGCACCAUCAAGUGACCAACCAGCUACUGCAGGCAACUGAAAUAAAACGUCCAUUGCUGUUAAAAUGUUUGAAAUUUUGCAGACAAAUAAAUUCAUAAUUCAGUAGAACUUUUACUGUGAUACCGAAUAACUAAUACUGAAGAAAGGCAGUUUCUUUCUGUGCUCUUAAUGUUUGUAGACUGUGCUGCAUUUAUAUCAACAUAAUACCAAGGAAGGAAAUAAGCAACUUAACGUGCUGUAGAGGGAACAUCUCAGGCAUCCAGAAACUCAGAGAAUAAAGUGCUGGAUGGGGUAGGGAAUGGACUGAGGGAGUGGAGAGGGAAAGCGAGGUAAGUUGAUACAUUACUAGAGCAGCAAAUGAAUUAUUAGUCAUGAGAGGCAAUGAAAUUAUUGAUAUAUAUUAUCUGUUUCAGGAAUGGGGAAACUGUGACCCUUCAGAUGCUGUUGGACUCCAGCUCCCAUCAGCCCCAGGCAUUCUGGCCAGCUGUCAGGGUUGGAGUUAGUGUCAGUCUAGCAACAUCUCUAGGCCGCUGGUUCCCCACUUCUGUUCUAUUUGCUUCCUGCACACUCACCCAUGAUGCUAAAACUCUGAUUAAGGAGGAGAAAAAACAUGCGCAAUGUAUUAGAUUAGGAAAUGAGCCUGUGUAAUGGAGUGCCUGGUUUAGAUGUGAUAAACUGACAUGGUGGUUAAUAUGUGGGAAUUUCUUGUUCAUCGAGGGAGCUCAUUGGUUGUCCUUGGGGAUUCUCUUAUCUUUUUUGUCAUUUAUCUUUUCUCCAAACAGGGUGGAGGUGAGGCUAAAUCCCUGAUCUAGGCUCGUAAGAGAAAGGGUGGGAUUCAAAUAUAAAUCAUUCAGAUAUAAAUACUGUUGUGGUUUUUGUUUUUGUGAGGGGGCAGGCGGUGGUUAGCUAUAUGGUGCCUGAAUCUCUUAUAAUUCCUGGAUCCAGCAAUGGAGAACUCAAUUGUUGAAUUAGCCAGACAAAGUAUUGCCUAAGCAUGGUCAUUAUUCUGACAAAGGAAGUGGCCUUGUGCCAGAGGGCAAAUGAGUAGCUUGCCUCCCUCACCUGCCUGGUAGUGAGAAAGACAAAAGCCAGUGUUUGUGAGUGAGCUGAUCUUCGAAGCAUAUAUCCUAGAUACACCACAGUCUUUGCUGCCUCUCAUUCCAAGGAAACUGAACUCUGCGUAAGCGCCUGAAAUCCCUGGAAUUUUGCACUAUUCUGAGACAAGGGUGCCUGUAUGAUAUAUGGUUUAUUUACAUAUAUAUGCAACCUGAGCCUACGAUGGAGGGGCUCACAGCAUUAACACCUCAGAAGGUCUUUUCUUCUCCCAUAGUCACAGCAUUGGAUUCUAGCAGUCUCUCACACACUCUGGCUUCUGCCUGCUUCUAGCUCAGCUUACACGUGCACUUACACUUUUAACCCAGCACCUACACAGGGACAGCUUAUUCAUUUAAAGCAAGUUUCUAGUCUUCACAAUCUCUUCAGGCCUUCCUCUUUCUCCUUGGUGCGCUCUCCCAGUCCCAGUUCCAUACCCAGACAGAGUGAAUGAAUGAAACUUUAUUUGCGUCAGCCAUCGGCCAUAGCAACAAAAGAACAUUGCGAUGCACACAGAACCAAAUAAAACAUUGAUUAUAUAAAACACAGUUUAGGGUCCUGAAUCAGCAAUCAAAUCUAUACCCAGACAGCUUACUGAGUCCUACUCAGUCCCUACACUUGGCAUGCCUAAGAUGAUGGGUUUCCGACAUGCCCGGGUGCGAGCUUCAGUACCGGAGCUGCCCUGCUCCUUGCGGUAUACGCCAUCUAAUGCUACUGGCUGCAUGGCCAACCCGGAAGUCUUUUAUUUUCAGUCCCUUAUAGUUGCAUUUUGUUUAUCUUUAGCCUUUAUCCAGUUUUGGGAGGGGGGGUUGUAGUUUUUUUGGGAUAUAUAUAUAUAUAUAUAUAUGUCUUCCUUUUUCCUUUUGCUGACUGCUGAGCUCUUUCCUUAGGCUUUGACGUUAUUUGCACUGAAAAAAUCCCAUGGGCGUAUCAAAUUCCUUCCAAGCAACAACAACAACCCAGCCAACUUUUGCAUUGUUUUUCCGGUUUUUGAUAAAGAGAAUUUUUUUUGUUUGUUUUGCUUUACUGAUAAUAUUCAGUAUGUCUCAUAGUAAUUUAUUUUACACUCCCAUUAUUUUACACUUUUGGGAAGUCGUUAUCUCUCAGCCUAACCUGCUUCACAAGUUUCUUAUGGGAACAAAAUGGAGACAGGGAGAGCCAUAUACGCCACCUUGGCUCUGUGGAGGAAAAGCAGAAUAUAAAUGAAAAAAUGAGGAAAUAAAUAAAUAAUUCCUCUCCCCUAGGGCCUUAUCCAAUCUUUAUGAACAUGCUGACUGGUCACAGCAAGACCUUUCAGGAGCAAUUUCAGAGGCUCGCAAGAGUAUCACCAGAUGCAAGCUGGACUUGCUUUCCCUCCAAAACUUAGAGGAAUACAGUGCUGCACUGGAACGUCGGCAAAAGGAAGGCUACAAAACAUGUGUCACUGAUCUUUGGGGACUUUUCAUUGACAAAGCAUUGAGCAACGGGGUAAUAUAUAUUUCUGUUUUUAUUCAUUUUCUAUUUUCUAAAUCUGAGAGAUGAUGAUGAUUCACAACAUAAAAUUUCAAAAUGAGAACUCAAAAUGCAUAAUAAAGACAAGAACCAAGAGCAAACACAAACCAAUAACCCCAUUUAAAUGGCCCUGGAAUGUUAAUCAGUUACUGGCCUGGUUAAAAAGGAAUGCUUUUAUUUGGCCCCUAAAGAUAAAUAAUGAAGGAGCCAGGCAAGCCUCUCUGGGGAGAGCAUUCCACAAAAGGGGAGCUACCACAGAAAAUACCUAUUCCCUUGUUGCCACCUUCCAGACCUCUCAUCGCGGAGGCAUAUGAAGAAGGGCCUCAGAUUAUGAUUGCAGGGUCCAGGUUGGUUCAUAUGGGGAGAGGCAGUCCUUGAGAUAUUGCAGUCCUGAGCUGUUUAAGGCUUUAUCGGUCAAAACUGGUACUUGGAAUUGAGCCCAGAAACUACGUGGCAGCCAGUGCAAUAAUGCCAGGAUUGGUGUAAUGUGCUCAGACAAUUGUCUUGAUGAGCAACCGGCCUGCUGAAUUCUGCACCAACAGCAGUUUCCAAAUUUCCUUCAAAGACAGCUCCACAUACGAUGCUUUUUAGCAAUCUAAUUCAGAGUUUACCAGAGCCUGGCCAACAGAAGUUGCCAUUGGGUUGAAUCUAUAGCUGCUCCACCAUUCCUACUGGCUGGCAGAAAGCUGUGUGUGUGAUUUCACAAAAUAUUUUUCAGGCAGCGGCUGAAAUUCUCUUAAUAUUUUAAAGGACCCCCCAAAACACAUUCUCAGCUAAUUCCUUAGAGGAAUUUCAACCCAUCUUUCACUUCAGAUGAGGCCUGUUGGGAUGUGAACAGGGCCUGAGAGAUGGUGGAGAUGAAGCGUUUUUAGAUAUGCGGAUGAAAUCAGGGUUAGGGAUUAAGCUUGUCUUUUCACCACCCCUUCCUAAUAUUUGUUACUGCCUAUAGGAUUGGAUUUCCUUGCCGUUUUAAUAAUUUGUUGUUAUUUAAACCAUUAUUUUUAAAGAGAUGCAGCGACACACUCUCAGGGCAGAAGCAUGCCCUGACUCACAGUCAAAACCCCCUGCCUAUAUACAUGGUACUCAACACCAAGGACAACAAUAGCCUUGCAGAAUUUAAAGGUAAUGUUAUCCAUAUUGUAUUUGAUUUGAAGCUGAAAAAGCUCCCAUCGUGACUUGACUUACUAUUGACUUUAUGAUUAACACUUUUUCAUAUUUAAUGUAUUUAUUUAUAUGCCACUAAAUGCCACAAUGGGCAUAUAAACGUUUUACAAGUAUAAAAACUAGUUACAUAAGCAAGCAUGAAAAUCUGCUCCGAAAGACCCCUCUUGUAUUGAGGGAUCUGUAGAAACAGCACCCCUUCAUAGAUUGAAGACCUUUAGAAUGCAAAGGGGGACCAGAAUAUCACUUCUGUGCCUUUAUGUCACACCCUGAUAGGUCUUGGUCUUGAGAAGAGGUGUUUACCUAUCCUUUCAGCUGAUCAUCCUAAGAAAGAAGGUCUCUCUUCCAGCUAGAGCGAGAUAAAACUAGUACCUGCUUACGGGGCAUGAGGUGGGAGCCUAGCUGAGCUGUGUGAGAUCUAUGCUUUGCAUGUCACGGCGCCAGUAAGGCCAGGGAUCAGGAGGCCAGAAAUAUCUUCCCCUUCUUACACCAGGAGCCUUCCUUAUUUCCAGAGCAGAUCAUGUGACCAUCCAGAAAUGUUUGCACUUGCACCCAAAAUAGUGAUUCUAGCCUUGGAGACCUAUGGAAGCAGAAGGCCACCUGAUCCCCACUUCUUGGAGGUGAAGUUCAAAAGUGAGCUUAGAUAGCAGUUCCAAUUUGGUAAGGUCAAAUUAGCCAACCCACCAUAAGAGAAAGAUAGUGGUGACAACUUGGUGACAAGGAACACAGACGGCUGCAGGUAGUGAUUGGACAACUGCCCCUUUAUUUCCGUGGAUUAAUAUGCUUUGUUUCCCAUGCCCUUGGAUAUCCACAAAGUCUAGGGAGUGUCUUGGAUAUCCUCACUUUUCUGAACAAGAGGGCUCUUGCUUCUUUUUAAUGAAAAGGCUGUUGUGCAACAGAUCCUCAUUAUUGUGGCAGAGAGGAGUUCCGCAAACAAAGGAUCCAACCCACUGUUUAUGGUAGCUUCCCUACAUCUACCGCUUUAAAUAAUUGUAGCUGAGUUGAAUAAUUAUCUCAGAUUAUUUGAAGACAAUCUUGUAAUGCAUUUAAUUAAGACUUAACCAAACCGGGGUCCUCCAGCUUCACUGCUCUUUCUGAAUGCUAUAACAUUGGGGAAGCAUCUUGGCAAUUUAUGGAGGGCUUGUAAGAGGAUCAAGAGUACAACAAACUUAUCACUUGCAGCACUAGUAUUCCCAGGAAUUCCCAGUAUCUGGGGUGCUUUUUUUCUUCUGUUGAACCCCAGAAUGUGGGCAUGAACCUUUGCCCUAAUUCUGAUGGAAGAUAAUGUCACAACAUCACAUAGCAUCAUCAUGAAGUCAAAGAGAGUCAAGUCAAUGCUAUCUGACAUCACUUUUGAGCUUUCUAGGAAGGUAAAAUGGUGCCCACCAGCUGAGAAUGGGGACCACAAAACACAACUCUCCUCUCAUUGUGAACUGAAAAUAAUUUUUCCUCAGUUUUUAAAAUAUUUUUUGUAUCUGUUCUAAUAAAACAUUGUGUAUAAGGUUCUGCUUUUCUUUCUCUUUUCUGACAUUCAGGUCAGGUCAUAUAUCUGCUAUGAUAAAUAAGUUACUCAAAAUGCAACAAUCACAAACCCAGAUUUCACCAAAGCAAACUUUUAAUUUGAACCUAUAAUUGCUUUUGUCCUGUUAUAGAAUGGAUGGAAUUCACUCCUUUUGAGGUUGGAAUAAUAAAAUAUGGGGCCUAUGUUCAUGCUGAGGACUUUGGAAGUAAAUUCUUCAUGGGACGGCUGAUGAGGAAACUUCCAGAAUCUGGAAUCUGUUUCAUGAAAGGUGACUUAAAUUCUCUACUUUUACAAACAUGAGCUGCAGAUACCAUUUUCAAGAUACUAUAAUGUUAAAAAUCCCUCCAAUUCCCAUUAGAAGAAAAAAAAUCUGACUGUAGCAUGAAGGUUUGUUUACUGCCUAAAAAUCACAAAGGCUAUUCUACUCUACAUACUUGCUUAGCAAUAAGCUCCACUGACUUUAGGAUAGUGUGAAAGAGUUGAGCUUUUACUGAGGCAAAUAAUUGCCCAGUUCAGCUUAUUCACUGAGGAAAAUUUACACAAUGUGAUUUCUACAUCCCUUGUUUUCUUCAUGUAAGCAACACUUAUGUAGUUGCCAAUCAGUAUGCAAAACAGUACAUUCUGGAUAAAAUCAGAGUGGUGUAGCAAAAACCAGCCUGAUUUCACAUUAAACUAUCCAUGCACAGAUAAAUAAUAUAAAACAAACAGAUGGGCAUUAACUCUACAUGCAUCUUGGAAGUAACAUUGCUAGGAGUCUGAUCUCAUAUGCAUGCAUUUAGUGUAUCUCCCUCAAUUUACACUUGUUCCUAAAGCCUUUUAUUCUGUUUCCAUCUGCUGUGUUAAAAUAUUUUUAAAUGUUUAGCCUGUUUACUAAAGCAACUCUUCCAAAUUUGGUAUCAUCUAUUAAUUUGGCACAUUGUCAUGGUGUCAUCUAAGUAAUUAGUGAACUGAAGCCUAUAUAGCAACUAUCCCUCCACAACACUAAUUCAUUCCUUAAGACAACUCCAUUAUUGUUUUGCCUCGAAUAUUCACAGGACUAGUAGAGUCAAAGAUUACUCUUUUGCCUCGAAUAUUCACAGGACUCGUAGAGUCAAAGUUUACUGUUAGUGGCUAGAGGAGAACUAACUUUCCUUCCUGGAUGGUAUUCGGUAAUAGUAAUGACAGUCAAAGGAAGGUUGCAGGUUGUUGGACACUCAACUGAAGAAUUAUCUUCUUUGAGUUAGAGUGCCCAAUUCAAACCCUGAUAAUGUUGUGAAGGACAUUGUAAAAUGUCAUCUUUCUUUGAAACACUUUUAAAACACUGAACCUCAGUUAGUCCUCACACACCUUUCCGAGGGAACCAAGAAAGAUGCAAAAUGAUUUUUUAUUUUUUAUUGCAAAAUGCAAAAUGAUUUUUUAUUUUUAUUUAUCUGGUGUGAGGGCUUUCAAACAUUGUGCUUUAGGUUAUUUUCGCUUUGCUUUUAGCUUUCCUGUCAUGCCUUGUCCCUCAAAAGGUGUAGCUCACCGGGAGCUUAACAUAGGUGUGGCCAAUCCCUGGCCGGAAGACCUAAUGAGACCAACCCCAAGCAAUUUUUGGUGCCCCCCCUGCAAGACCCCAUUACUUUUGGUGGUGACAGCGGAGGGGAAAAAGAAAGUAGUCACAACAAACUGGGAUGCAGAUCACCCCUUAUGAUGUUUGCACUUCUUACUUGAUCUCUCCCUCCUUUUCUCUAGGUGUGUGGAGUAAUGUAUUUUCUUAUAACCUACUGGAUUCCUGGCGUGCACUUGAUUCUUCGGAAGAAGGUCUGUGGUACCUGCUUACCAGGGACAAAGUACAAGAUAUUGGUUAGUCAUCCAUGUUUCGUUUUACAUUUGGUUAUAAAAUUUAAAAUUCUUCUUCAUCCUGUCCCUUCCCAUAGUAUGCUAAUUAUGUACUUAAUAUAUUUUUAGGCCAUCCUUCCUGGUAAGGAAUCCCAGGGCUGCACAUUUUUAAAGUGCCUGGGUCCCAAACUGUAGAAAGCUGAUUUCAACACUAGCAACUUGAGUUGGCACAUUAUUGUUAUUUGAUUAUUACCUGCCGUUUGCCAGAACAUCCUCAGGUGAUAUAAUAUGCAGCAUAAAAAAAUUACAAUCACCACCAGAGUGAGUUCUAAAAAUAUACAUAUCACCAGUGCUUUUUUCUGGGGGGGGGGGUGCAGGGAUACACAUACCCCUAAACAUUUUGUGAAUCUAAUGGGAGAAGAAACUAAAAAUUUUAAAAAUUUUAGUUUCUUCUCUAGCACGGUGAAUCAUCAGUUCCGUUGCUACCCCCAGUGGUGGCCUCAUUUCCCGUCACGGUGUUUCCUGAGUCUCAGAUUGAAGCGAGCGUUUAAUGUGUGAAGCAGUGUGGAAUGUGCAUGCGUGGUGUUUUGCUGAUGAAAGUUUGGCCUCAUUGAAAGUUUGGCAGUAUUUCAAUAUGAGUAGGAAGAUGUUAGUGCACACAACAUCAUGCCAUUGUGGAAGUUACUGUGAGCUGUCAGCUGUGUAAUAUGAGGUAAUGCAUGUUCUUUGUACUUUUGUCCAUUUACCGUAUUUAUUUUUCCCAUUUUGAACUAUUUAUUUUUUUUAGAAAAAAAGCACUGCAUAUCACAAGUGUCAAAGGCCAGAGGUAUGUCUUCAACAUACAACAAAAGCUGUACAAUGAAGGUGCCAGGCACACCUCUAUGAGGAAGGAAUUCCACAAUUUAGGGGCUGCCACAGGGAAUGUUCCUUUCCCAGGUCAUCUCCCAUGAAUCUCAGAGGGUGGUGGAACUCCACAGAUCUCAGCUUGAGAGGGUCUUUAGGGAAGGUACAGAUACUUUGGGUCUAAAUUGUUCUGGGUUCUAAACAGUAGUGUAAGCACCUUGAAUUGGCCUCAGAAACAAACUGGCAACCAGUGCAGCUGUUUUUAAAGCAGGGGUCAUAUGAAUUCUAUAUGUGAAUUCUAAAGUGAACACCAGCCGAUAAUCUGGCUGCUGAUUUUUUUUAAAAAAAUACUGUUUUUAUUUAUUUUCAUGGUACAGAAGAUAAAUUUUGAAAAAAACAAUUGUGACAACAGUAAACAGGUAACUUGCCCUGAUAAAAUGACAGACUUUUAUCAUGCCUUGUGCUAAAGUUUCAUUUGUUUACUCUAAGAGAUUGUGUCCCCUUUUCCAUAUUUUGAGCCAGUUGAAGUUUUCCUAGGCAUCUUAAAUUAUUAGAAUAUAUAGAACUUGCCAGCAUGACAAAUAGAUUAAGAAACAAAAGAUGACAAGAAUUUAAAAGAGGACUGGGGAUUAUAUAUAGAUUAUAUGGAAAAAUAUUGUAACAAAAAUAAUGGUAACAGGGGACUUCCGGGUUGGCGCCUCCAGGCAAUGGCGGAGUUCCUCCGAUCGGGAGGAAUUUGCUCCGCGGAAAUUAGGGUCUGACCGCCACGGCGAAGGCGGACCCACUGAAAUCACAGGCGGGAGAAGCCUGUGAACUUGGGAUUCGGCUGGCACCCUUUGCACCUCCCCUACUCGCGGGGAAACCCUGAUUUGGGGAUCCGGAGCGAAGUGGGGUGAGUGGCGCGGUGCUUCGAAUUGACUGCUUCUUUCACGGAGUGAAGCCGCAUCGCUGUUGCCGGAGAGCGCUGACUUUUUCCUGUGGACAAUUGGAUUUUAAACAACUACCCGUGAGUAGAACGGAAAAUCAGAUCCUUAAAUUCAUUAAUUUGGCAUCGAAACGGGAAGGUUCUAAACAGGAAGUCCACCUUCCUUUUUUGUAAACAGAUUGAAGCAAAGAAGUUGCAAGUUAAAGCCUUGGAAAGUUUAUUUUUUGUAAAGGAUUAAAUCUCCAUUGGUUAAAACUACUAAACCCCCCUUGGAAGCAGGAGAAGAGGGGGGAAAUUUUGGACCUAGUGAGCCUGCAGGAGAGAGUGAAAAACCAAAUUACCACUGCUCCGAACCUGGAAACGGGCUGCCAGAAAGAGUGACGUUUUUUGACAGCUGGCAAUAAGAGAAAUAUAUUGUCUCCAUUGUACUCAUCUGCGUUUAAAAAGUAGGAAAAGAAACUAUCUUUAUAGUUUAAACUGUGUUUGAAAGGAUUGAUACAAGUGGAGACUGUUUCCCUCUAGAGGGAGCUUUUGAAACAGUUACAAGAGUGGAGUUGGGGUUUUUCCAGUUGCAAGAUAAGAACUGUGUGAAAUAGAGAUCGACCUUGGACUUUAAGAAUGUUGACAGAAGGAGCCUUAGUGACUGUAUUAUGUAAGAUAAGCUAUUCGUUGGAACAGCUCCACAAGAAGACGGACGCUAUAAAUACCAAACUUGAGAACUUGGGACAAAAAGUGACUAAUUUGGAACAAAAAGUGACCAUUAAUACAGAAAUUGUUCAGGAUUUGACACAGGAACCUACUUUGACAGGACAAACUGGGGAGAAGACGAAGGAGAAUGUUGGUGUUGUUAAACCUAAAAUAAUACAAGUGGAAGCCCCAGUUUUACAGAGGCAAACUGAGGACUAUAAGUGGAGGCCUUUUAUGAAUGAAUAUAGAAAAAGUCAGAAUUUGAAGAUUGGAGCCCUGUUUGGAUUGAAGAAGGAAGGUUGGAUAGACUCUUUCAUGCAGAGAUUUACUGACCUUUGGGUCUUGAAUCUGGGUCAGGAGGUGAUUGGAGUUGUGGGGGCCUUUGGAUCUGGGGGAGCCUUGAAACAUGAUUUGAGAUAUUGUAUGGACACUGGUUUUAGCUGUGGAGAGUUGGUUGGUCUGUCGAGAGGGAAUGGGGGUAUGGUUGGGUCGCCCCCCCCCCAAGACCUGCGCUUCAGCACCCUCAGCAUCAAAGAAUAUGAAGAAAAACUGCAGAAGGGACUUGGAAAAGAUUUAAGAGCCUCGGACAGAAGAUCUCCAGGUUGAUGAACUAUAUGGAAUGGAUGGAAAUGACUGGCAGAAUCCGAGACCAGGGAGAAGAGAUGGUGGUAGAAGAUUGAGAAAGUUUAAAGUUUAUAUAUAGAAAUAUUGUAAAUUUAAUGAGUGUUAGAAAAUUGUUGGAAUGAAAUUUUAUGGCUUUAGCAGAAAUGUUAUAAGGAGUUAGGUAUAAAUAAGUAUUUCAGUAUUAAUGGAAAAUAAGGUACAAAAUAUGUUAAGAUAUUCAUAAUGAUAAAAAUAGAGAAAGAUGGAAAGGAAUUGCUGAAACAAGUAAUAGAAGUCGAAUACAAAAAGGGAGGUGAGAGGAGGUUGAUGAAAUAAGGGAAUGAAAGAUAGAGUAAUGAAAUGGUAUGAUAUUUUAAAUGUUUUUAAAUUGUUCUUUUGCUUUGUUUAGUGUAGUGUGUUAAGGUUGUGUUUUGUAUUGUUUAUUGUAUUGUAUUGUAUUGUAUUGUAUUGUUUUUUCUUUUCUUUCUCUUUUUUUCCUUCUCUGCUCUAUUUUGUCUUUUUCUUUCGCUUAUUUUCUUCUUUCUUCUUUUCUUGUAAGUUUUAAAAGCAAUAAAGAUUAUUUAAAAAAAAUAAUGGUAACAGACUGACAAAAAUAACUCAGCAGUAGCGGUUAUAACGUGGGAUUAUAUAAGGUAAUGAAAAGAAUUUAGUAGAGUAAGCAAACACAAUUGAAAAGGUAGCAGUUAGGAAACCAAGGAAAGAGUGUAAGGGGAAUUAAAGACAACAUUUACGAGAGCCAAAUAAACUGGAGGGAUAAGUAAUGUUACUACUAAUAUUCAUUUAUAUAUGUCUUAUAUUUAUGUUAUUUUUUCCUUCUUAUUAUCCUGCAUAUGACUAUAACACAGAAUGUGUUGAUGAUAUGAUGAAACAGAAAAGCUGUGUGUGUGUGUAUGUAUACUUUCCUAGUCACCUUCAAUGGCAUUCCCUAGCAAGAAGAAGAAGAAGAGAAGAGUUUGGAUUUGAUAUCCUGCUUUAUCACUACCUGAAGGAGUCUCAAAGCGGCUAACAUUCUCCUUUCCCUUCCUCCCCCACAACAAACACUCUGUGAGGUGAGUGGGGCUGAGAGACUUCAGAGAAGUGUGACGAGCCCAAGGUCACCCAGCAGCUGCAUGUGGAGGAGCAGAGACGCGAACCUGGUUCCCCAGAUUGCAAGACUACCGCUCUUAACAACUACACCACACUGGCUUUCACAUUGCACAGCACAUUGCAAUAAUCCAAUCAGUAAAUUACUAGUACCAUGUCCAAGUCAUCUCUGUCCAAAAAGGAGCCAUAGUGAGUGAACUACCCAGAACUAGAAAACAAUGUAUAGUGCAUUGGCACCCAGUGCAUCUCUUUCGGAAUCAGUGUCACAUGGUCCCAAUAGGUUAAGCCACUAAGCAACCUGGCCACUACAGUCUGCACAACCAGGGUUUUUGGAUCAUCUUUAAGGACAGCCUCACACACAGCAUGUUACAGUAAUCCAGCCAUUAGAUUAAUAGCACAUUGGCCAGUGUGGUGUAGUGGUUAAGAGUGGUAGACUCGUAAUCUGGUGAACCGGGUUCGUGUCCCCACUCCUCCACAUGCAUCUGAUGGGUGACCUUGGGCUAGUCACACUUCUCUGAAGUCUCUCAGCCCCACUCACCUCACAGAGUGUUUGUUGUGGGGGGGAGGAAGGGAAAGGAGAAUGUUAGCCACUUUGAGACUCCUUCAGGUAGUGAUAAAGCGGGAUAUCAAAUCCAAACACCACUUCUUCUUCUUCUUCUUCUUCUUCUUCUUCUUCUUCUUCUUCUUCUUCUUCGCCUGGCUUUAUAGGAAUGGCUGUAGCUGGUGAACCAGCUGGAACUGGCAAAAGGCUUGAUGUGCCACUAAGGUCACUUUGGUCUUCUAGUGACAAUGUGGACUCUACCACCUCUGGACCUAUGUUCCUUCUUUCAAAGGGAGUACAACCCCAUCUAGAACAUGCUAACUAUCUAGUCCUCAGCUACAAGAACCAACCCAACCCACAGGACUUAACAUCUUGUCAGGAUUAAGCUUUGGUUUAUUGGCCCUCAUCUAGCACCAAUAUACUGACAAAAUUCCUGUCUAAGUUAGCAGCAGCAAAUAUAGCGAUAGAUUUUGCAACUUCCAUUGCUGUAUUUUCAAAGGAAGGCAGUGCAGUUUUAUGCCCAUAACAAAUUAACCCUUGGCAGCAGGUGUGUGGUUGCGCACAUAUUGAACACACGUAAAUGGGGAUUUGCCUGUAGUGCAGAGCUGAUCUCUUCCACUUUUCCCUGAGCUUGAAUUUAGAUUUAUUUGCCGGUCUGGUUGGCUUGGAAGGGUGGCAUCAUCUUGUUCUUCAGCUCAGGCAGCAAAAUAUCUUGGGAUAGUCCUGAUGAUAAGGUAUGUAAGGAACAGACUGCACCCAUCAUGAGGAAUGAACUCUGCACCUCACCUACCUACUUUUAUUAGGGUUUAGCUGAAUGUGCAGAGACUACCUCUGUACGCAUUCAUUUUAUAUGAACAGAUACCUGAAUAUGGCUUCCUCAAUAUGGUAUAUAUUUGAUAAAUAUACAGCCGUCACAUAAUCGGGGGAAACCCUGAUUAUUUCACUAUACAUCAGUUCAUAUCAUUGCAUGUGUUCCUUAUGACUGCUUCAGUAAAUAAAAUUUACCAUUUAUUCUGACUUGCAGAAGAAAGACCACCUCAGCCACCAAAAGCAGAUGAAUUGAAUACUCAGUUGGUUAUCCCUGCCAAUAAAUUCAUGAAGACCCUUCGUGAAGUCUUAACACAAAGGAUAACAACCUCAAAGUUCUACAAUUUCAUAAGGGAAUUGCAAUUAAAUGAUGGAUAUAUAGAUAAUAAAAACUUUGCCAUAUGGAAAGGUACGUGGUCAGGGCUUGACUAACCAAGUUGACUGAUCUCCAAGUUUUAAAUUUUAACUGGGUUGAUGAUAAUUGAGAUGAUUUUUUUUUAAAAAAAAUAUUUAUGCAUUUCAGGUUUAUACAUUUCACUAAUUUGACAAUCAUUUUAACAUUUCAAAACUUGACUUCCUUCUCCCUCUUUCUGCGGUUCUUUAAAUUUAUUUUUAAUAUCUUCUGCAUAUCCAAAUUAACUUAGUUUGCUCAUUUAUUCAUCUACUUUAAAUAUAUACUCUUAUCAAACUGCAGGUUAUUACAAUAAUCCUGCCAAUGUUCUUAUCUGUUUACAAUUUAUCUGUAAAUAUUCAACAAACCAUUUCCAUUCUUUUAUAAAAAAAAGUUUGUUAUCUUAAUUUCUUAUUCGUCCAGGAAGUUUCACUAUUACUGCAUUUUUCAUAAGUUUUUGUAUCCAUUCUUCCUUUACUGGGACUUCUGCCUCUUUCCAUUUUGGGGCAAGUAACAUUCUUGCCACUGUAUAGCGUACAUGAAGAAGUUUCUGUACAGUUUCGGUAGUUCUGUCCCUAUAAUUCCCAAAAGAAAAGCUUAUGGGAUUUUUUUACAAACAUUAUUUUAAACAUCCUUUUCAAUUCAGUAUAUAUCAUUUCCCAGUAAGCUUUAACCUUACUACAAGACCACCACAUGUGAUAAAAAGAACCUUCUUUCUCUUUACAUUUCCAACACUUAUUUGAUUUAGAUUUAUAUAUUUUUGCCAAUUUACUCAGUUUUAGAUACCAUCAGUAUAUCAUUUUCAUAUAAUUUUCUCUUAGAUCAUAACAUACUGUCAAUUUUAUAUCCAUAUUCCACAACCCUUCCCAUGCUUCCAUAUCUAUAUGAUGACCAAUAUCUAUUGCCCAUUGUAUCAUUGAGGAUUUUACUUGUUCAUCCUUUGUCUCCCAUUCCAAUAAUAUCCCAAUAUUCCAAUAAUAUUUUAUACAUUUUAGACAGCACUUUUACAUUACAUUCCAGCAGGUCUCUUUUCAGUUGUGAUAUUGUUGGGGAAGGAGUAAAGGAUCUUGAGCUUUGGAAUGCAAAGCUCUUUUUAGAACUGCAGACAAAUACAGAAAACUGUGAAAGUGUAUAUUAAUCAAAGUAGCAGCAGACUAUUAAUUGCUAACAAUGGUAUUUGCCUUUCAGAUACUGAUCUAGACACUCUUCCCAAUCAGCUGACAGCUACAUCAGAAUACCUGUCUAUCACAGAUACUGCAGCAUAUAUAGAUAUCAGCUACCCACCACUCCUGAGGCCUGAGAGGAAAGUGGAUGUCAUUAUACAUUUAAAUUAUUCUUCAGGAUCACAAACAUCUGUGAGACAUUUUUAGUUUUUGAAUCAUUGCUUUCUAGUUUUAUAUUGAUUAUGAGCCCUAGAGAAAAUGAUAAGCAUCAGUUGAUGUGUUCUUAUGUUAUAAACACCACUUGGAGGCUGCUUGAAAAUAGCUUCUGCUCUGCAUGGCAAUGACUCCCUGUCACAGUGUAAUGUAGCUUUGUCUCACGGGUUGCCCCCAUUUUGUGAAGCCGUUUCACACCAUUACCAGUAGAAACAUGAUGAGCUCAUACACAUACUAAGCUGUUCUAUAUGGGCUGAUCAGAACAUGCUGCUGCAGCUGCUACACACAACCUUUACUCAACUGCCUCCAGUUGGAAGCCAUAGCUUCUGAAGUCCAUAGUUGGUUGGCUUUAAAAAAGAAGCAACUUCAGUUAAGUGUGACCUUAUUUUCAAACUCCCCAGUUUCCUUACUCAGCUGUCACUCUAACCAUCUCACCCUUGGUCUUUACAAUAGUUGGUUUCACUGAUAAAUUCCCUAAAUUGAUAUUAGGGCAAUUGUAAGUAUAUUUAAAAUGACCAAAUUUAAAUCUGAAGUUGAUAAAACAAAUAAAAACUUCAGCAUUUUGCAGGUCAUUUUACUACACGAUAACAUUUAACUGGCUGCUUGACAAAGCCAGCCCUGCUGGACCUAUAAUAGAAUCAUAGAAUUGUAGAGUUGGAAGGGACCCCAAGAGUAUUUUAGUCCAAUCCCCUACAAUGCAGGAAUCUCAGCUAAAGCAUCUAUGGCAGAUGGCCACCCAACUUCUCCUUAAAAACCUCCAAGAUUCAAGUACCAGUCUGAUUGACUAGAUCCUUUCUCUCCCUCUCUCUGUAAUAUCUUAUUCUUCGUGAUAGGCAGCAAAAUGAGAUAGUCCUUGGAGCAGACUACUCAUUAGUUAUUAGGAUCUACUAUUACAGGGGUAUGUCUGUUUCCUGCUUUUCACCUUGGUCUUUGCUACUUUCCCACUACCAUUGAGUCUUUGUCUUAGUCCUGCUUCCCUUCCUACUCCUGGCUUGCUUUUGUCACUGUGGCCUUCUGAAUUGUGGACAUAAGUUAAGUUUUUGUGAUUUUGCUUUGCUGCCUGGAUUUAGACUUUUUCAUGAUUCUAGGGAUUCAUUGGACUAGUCAGUCUAUGACGAUGAUCAUACAGUGGGACAUUAGUGAAACAUGUGGGUUGUAACUAGGGUUGGGUUCAGCAGGCUAUGAGUUAUUUUUUUGCGGGUUGAGAAUUCAGUUCUAGAUUCAGAUCCCACCCCAAGGAAAAUCUGGGAGUCAAAUUUGGAUAUCUGAGAAAAUGUCCUCCCCUUGUCCCUGGACACUCACACCUGAUAUAUGACCAGAUAAUUUUAUUCACAUUAACAAAAGGCACCAGCAAGAAGAAUAUAGCAACAGACAAAUCCACAAGUAUGCCCCCAGGUUCAAAACUUCCCGCUUCUGACUGAGGUCAAAUGUGUCCCUGAAAGUCUAUGUCUAUUGACCUCACUUACAGUUAUACCAAUGAUGCAGUCAGUGAAUUGGAGUCUCUAUCUCACACUGCCAAGACACUGAGAACAUUGCAAUAUACAGUGAUCCAGCAGGUGGCUCAAGCAGUUGUAGUGUUGUGGAUUUCAGAUCUUGUAGUUUCCAAUGGAGUCCAGACACUGGGACAAUGCUCUGGAAUUUUAUUGAAAAUUCAAACCUGGGAAAGCUGACAGCAUAUAGUUUGAACCACCUUUGAUGUAAAUGUUCCAGGUGGCCAAUCAGAAACUGCUUACCAAAUUGUUCCAUCUUCAUAAUGCUUUUGGAAUUUCCAUUACAUGAGGACUACCCAGUUCAGACCAGUUGGCAUAUUGUAAGAAAGAACUGAAGUGGGAAAUGUGAUUCGAGAUAAAGCCAAAUAGUUAUUGCCCAGCAGGGUUCCAGAAUCCCAGACACUCUAGAUCCGGAGUGGGGAACCUGUGCUCCUCCAGAUGUUGCUGAAUUACAGAUGUUGCUCCCAUUACCCUGACCAUUAGUCAUUCUGGCUGCAGCUGAUGGGAGUUGUAGUUCAGCAACAUCUGGAGGGCCACAGUGCUUUCCCCUCUGCUGUAGUUGAUGGCACAGGUUUAUAUUAGAAUGGAGGAUUUCUCUGCUGUUCUGUUUUAACUUCCAGUGCUGGUUCUUCUUGCCUCCAUCCUACUUCUCAUCAAAAGUUAAUCAUGCUCUUCUCUCACUUGUCAACCAGAUGAGAAUUACCCAGGCAUCUUAAUGAUUAUUUGUAUUUUUAUUGUUUAAAUGGUGUUUUAUGUUUGAACAGAGUACUCUUCCUAAUAUGGUGCCAUCAAAAUACUUUGAUAUACAGUGGUACCUCAGGUUACAUAUGCUUCAGGUUACAUAUCCUUCAGGUUACAGACUCUGCUAACCCAGAAAUAGUACCUCGGGUUAAGAACUUUGCUUCAGGAUGAGAACAGAAAUCGUGCUCCGGCAGCAGCGGGAGGCCCCAUUAGCUAAAGUGGUGCUUCAGAUUAAGAACAGUUUCAGGUUAAGAACAGAUCUCCAGAACGAAUUAAGUACUUAACUCGAGGUACCACUGUACAAGUUAAUGCUAAGGUAGUGAGUUGUGAACGGGUAAAUAAGUCCAUAAUUCAAGUUUGAUCUUUCACUGUGGACUCGCUUAGACAACCAUUAAAAAGCAGGAAUCUAUCAUCUCCAGAUCCUCAUUUGCUUACUCUUGAAAGAUUUAUUUAUGUAAUGUGUGUAAAGCAGUUUGAUCACUCUAAGGAGAUAAAAAUGAAUCCAAAGGACACACUCUGCUCCGCUAGAGGAGCAACACCCAUUCAUGGAUUCCCAUAGGCUCAGUAGAGUCAGGUUUGUUUCCACCUGCCAACACACACAGGGGCACAUGAAGUCUGCACAUCAUGGCAGGAAGUGAGGUGUAUGGGAAGGUCUCAAACCUAAGCAUCUUUGUAUCUAAAAAACCAAACUAGAUUAUUUUAGUAAGGGUGAAGUCUCAUUUCACUUUUUGUCUUACGACAAUCCAGCCUUUACAUGAAGCCUCCAGAUACUUUGCAAAGCAAGGAAUUCCUUUCCCCAAAAUAGAUCUGAGUCAUAUUAAGGAUAAGAAUCUGAAGGAGUGCUAUGUCUUUGAAGAUCUCGAGAAUUCGAAAGCACCCAUUGUGGUUUUCUUUCCUCUGAUAAAUGACACAUUCAGAAAAUAUAAAGCACCAGGUAAGUUUGUUUGUUUGUUUACUAGCAGGGAGUGCCCAGAGCUGCCUGGGAAUUUUUAGAAGAAAAAAUAUAUUGUGGGGUUUUUUUUAAUGGAUAGUGUAAUGUCUGAGUUUUGACACAUCACAUCAAAAAUCGGGUGAAGUCAUACCAAAGUCAUCGCCUUCACCUUGGGAACCUUUGUACUGGGUUUAGCAGUGAUAUCUUGGAAGGCAUCCAUUUCUCAUUUACACCACCUUUUCACCCAAACAAGGACCCCAGCCCCCAAUAUGCCACCAUAUUAACAUUGGGGUACCUGUUCAUGCAAAUACCUUCCCAUUUUGGAUGGGUACUUUUCCUGUGAUUCACACACUGCAGAGAUAGCAUAUUCAUUGGAUCUCAUUUCAAAAGUGCCACUGAUCAGCUUUUGCAAAGAAGAAGACAGCACAUGCAGAGAGUAGUGUCAGUCAUGUGAUAAUGACCUUUGUUUUGCAGGUGUGGAACGCAGCCCCUCUGAACUGAAGCAGGGUGACGUUAAUGUGACUGGUCCUUGUUCUCCAUAUGGACUCCAAAGCUUUACAUAUACAGAGGAGGAUUUUGAUAAACUGGUGGGAUUGACCAGCUACAAUAUUCAGAAUAAUGAAGAUUCGAUCCUCCACGCUUUGCGAAGAGCAGUAGAGAGAAAAGGACACCAAACAAAAUAGGCAUGGGGAAACCUAUCCAGAAAUGAUAGAUGCAUAGCUUUUGCAUUAAGUUAAUCAUAUAUAUAUAUAAAUGAGAUAAUGUGCUAUGUUUUGUACAAAUUAGUUUAUCUUCACUGGCUACCUCAGCUUAAAAUAAUAUAGUCUUACUGCACUUUGAAAAUGUAUGUAGCCCAGUAGUUUGCAAACCAUUUGCUCUGGAAACCUAAAAGAAUUUGACUUAACUGUUACUCAGGACUUCCCUGUGCUUCCUGUUAUGUACAGUGGUACCUCGGGUUACAAACGCUUUGGGUUACAAACACUUCGGGUUACAAACUCCGCUAACCCAUAAGUAGUACCUUGGGUUGAGAACUUUACCUCAGGAUGAGAACAGAAAUCGCUUGCUAGCAGUGCGGCGGCAGUGGGAGGCCCCAUUAGCGAAAGCACGCCUCAGGUUAAGAACGGUUUUGGGUUAAGAAUGGACCUCCGGAAUGAAUUAAGUUUUUACCUGAGGUACCACUGUAAUUGUACUAUAUAAUCUUAAGCACUGGUUUAAAAUGUAUGUAUUUAUUUAGAAGUAGUUAUAGCCUGUUGAAUAUUUUUAAAGGGUAGGAGUCACCUAAAGCAUCCCUGUCAGUGGAAGCCCAGCACAAGGACUUUCGCUUGCAGAAAUGGGCUCCCCCACUCCUUCCUGUGCCCGUAACCCUCACAAAUUGAUUUUGGAGAAGAUGGCAGGAGAACAUCCAGAACAGCGCAUCUGGGGGGAGAGGAGAGGUGAGGGUAUCAUUCUGUCUAGAGCGGUGAAAUACUUGUGCAGACAGAAUGACUGGAAGAGCAUGGCAUUGAAUUCCAUCCAAACUCUCUCAGCAGUGCAUUCCUCACCCCUCCCCAUCCCAUUUUUUUCUUUCAAACCCAAUAUCAUUAAGAAAAAUGCAGCCUAAAACUAAUAUAACAGCAAUAUAAAAGCAAAUUGAAGAGGACUUAGGGGAUUUAAACACAUAAAGCAGGGUGCGAUCUUAUAGGCCAGGGAAAGCAAAUAAUGAAUUUGAAAUCAAAUGCGAAUUUCUCAAAUGCUAACUUUAGCAGUUAGAAGUUAAAAAUAAUGCUUUGCUGAAAUAAUAGUUUUUAAUUGCAUCUUAGUAAUUUAUGUGUCAUAACUAUAGAUCUAUGAGCAUACAAUUCAUUUGGCUAAAGUUUUAAAUUCUGAAUAAUCAUUGGCUAAAUACUUGUGUGCCUCUUUUGAAGCAAGUACACUUUUGUCUUUAUGAAACAAACUGUAAAUUAUCAAUAUAAGGCAACAAUUUAUGUUUACUCUUUUUCCUCCAGUAGUUUUACAUAUGGAGGGAUUCUUCAGGGAACUGGUAGCAUAUUAUUUAUUAACAAUUAAACUUGCAGGCUGCUACUCAGCCGUACGACCUCAAAACAGUGUGUGAGUUUUUCUUUUUCUUUUACGCAAGGCUUCCAUGAUAAAAAUUCAGUUCAGCCAUAAUCUAGAAACUCUGAAGGGGUAAACAGGAAGAGUAUGGUGCCAAAAGAUUAUGAGAUAGAACUGUUCUUAACCUCGGAUUUCAAGAGAGCAAGGCCUGCUGGAUUUCCCUAGGGAAAGAAUGUCAUAACACGGCUUCAAUUCCAAAUGCAAUUUACUAACUAGAUAUGCCCAACUGAAAACAGUGCAAGAUGUUUCUGAGCAAACAUGCUAAUACAUUCCCCACAGCCUGUUUCUGGGCAGUACUGAGCCAAUACCUCAGCUACUGGAGGGGAAACAAGAUGGCGACGGAGAUAGCAGCAUAGUCAGGUUCGCCUGCCUUCAAUUAAGAUUUUAAGUAGUUUUUUUAGCCUUCCUGGACUCUAAUUUUACAGUUUUAAUGAUUUAUUGGCUGCCUUAUCACCUCACCACUGCCCCUGUUUUUCUUAGCUAACGUUUUAUUGUUUUACUGGCGACGUUGAUAAACUGCUGGUUCUCUAAAUGCCUCGCUGAAGAGAGGGACAAAAGGCUGGAGGGAACCCCACUUCAUUUUUAUCUGUAACCUCUGGUACCUCGGCCCAUUCCACUUGUUAGUGGGGACAAGGCAGGUCAUUUUUAGGAAAGGAAAAGAACCAUUUUGCUGGGCUCUGGGAAUCUGUAGCCUUGUUAGACUUUACCGACGGAGAACGCCGAGAAACAAGGAGCGGCUGAAACUGAAGGCAAGUUCUGCUUCAUUUUAUCCCCUGGCACAAGCCCUAUUACCUUGCUGCAGUAAACCAUUCUGAUUUAUUAGUCAUUUAUAACUUCUUUGAGGGUGAUGAGGGUACUGGAGACAGCCUCAGUAUUUUUGCUCACAAAGAUAAGGGGGAAGGCACCACAGGACAGAAGCGUUAAAAGCCCCAAAGCUGAGAACUAAAGACGGAAAAGGGAGCAGAAACCCUAGAGGCCCACCGAGAUAAGUGACAAGCAUGAAACCUUGCUUGUAAAACAACCCUCCCCACCUUUCGAAGGUGGGAAACUGGAAGAUAAACAUAAUCCGUCUUGUGAUUGAGCCAAGUGAAGCCAAAAAACCCAGGACUAAGAGAUUCCAGCAAACUGCUCCCAAUUACCUUUUUCCACGCUCAACAUGGUUCUUACAAGAAAGAACUAUAUGGUCCCGGGAAUUGCACCAAUAUCACCUCAGGGGGGGUGGGAGCCCCGAAGGAAGCAAAGUAAAAUCACCAAUUACUUCCCCCAUAAAGAAGGGAAUAAGAAUCUACAGCACGAGAGCACUCCAAAAGAAAUUGCCCCUACUGUGCUGGUCAAUACAACGCUGGUCAAUGCAACGCAAAGACUUACAAACUGAACAUGAAAGACCAAAUUAUUCCAUGAGCUGGGCGCAGGAACUGGACCUAGCUGAGAACGCCUUGAUGACCAAUUCCCCCAACCCCAAUGACCUCGAGCACCAAAAAUAA